GGGGCAGAAUCCGGGACUGCCCCUCCCAGCCUGCCUCCCCACACACCGUCUCCGGCAGUAAGAGCACCCCGCUUCCAGCCACCACAGGCGGGGAUUCCCUCCACAUCACGCCCCGCUCCUUUCUAAGCAGGAGCACACUGUAUGCGGGGCUCUCAUAGCUGGGAUCGGUCCAGGACCCCCAAACAAGCCCCCCUCCUCCCUCCGAUAUCGGGGAGCCCCUCUCCGCCGCGGGAUCCCCGGCCUCGGGAUGUGCCCGGACUGGUGAGGAUUACUAUGGGCUGUAUCGGGAGCCGGAGCAGCGGGACCGGUGAGAGGAGGAUGGAGGGAUGGAUGGUCUGGGUGUGCGGCUAGACAUGUGCACAACAUGCAGUGUGACAGUAGACAUAUGCAGCAUUGCAUGCAGUGUGACAGCAUAGUGGGUACCUGUGAUGGGUCUCUGCAUCCAGUGUGAGAGUAUACCAUAUACAGUGUGAUUAAUGUACCAUGCACAGUGUGAGAGUAUACCAUGCACAGUGUGAUUAAUGUACCAUGCACAGUGUGAGAGUAUACCAUGUACAGUGUGAUAGUAUACCAUAUGCAGUGUGAGAGUAUUAUACCAAAUACAGUGUGAUAAUAUACCAUAUACAGUGUGAUUAAUGUACCAUGCACAGUGUGAGAGUAUACCAUGCACAGUGUGAUUAAUGUACCAUGCACAGUGUGAGAGUAUACCAUAUGCAGUGUGAGAGUAUUAUACCAAAUACAGUGUGAUAGUAUACCAUAUACAGUGUGAUUAAUGUGCCAUGCACAGUGUGAGAGUAUACCAUAUACAGUGUGAGAAUAUACCAUGCACAGUGUGAGAAUAUACCAUGCACAGUGUGAUAGUAUACCAUGUACAGUGUGAGAGUAUACCAUGCACAGUGUGAGAGUAUACCAUGCACAGUGUGAUAGUAUACCAUAUACAGUGUGAUUAAUGUACCAUGCACAGUGUGAUUAAUGUACCAUGCACAGUGUGAGAGUAUACCAUGCACAGUGUGACAGUAUACCAUGUACAGUGUGACAGUAUACCAUAUACAGUGUGACAGUAUACCAUAUACAGUGUGAUAGUAUACCAUAUGCAGUGUGAGAGUAUUAUACCAAAUACAGUGUGAUAAUAUACCAUAUACAGUGUGAUAAUAUACCAUACACAGUGUGAUUAAUGUACCAUGCACAGUGUGAUAGUAUACCAUGCACAUUGUGAUAGUAUACCAUGUACAGUGUGACAGUAUACCAUGUACAGUGUGAUAGUAUACCAUAUGCAGUGUGAGAGUAUUAUACCAAAUACAGUGUGAUAAUAUACCAUAUACAGUGUGAUAAUAUACCAUACACAGUGUGAUUAAUGUACCAUGCACAGUGUGAUAGUAUACCAUGCACAUUGUGAUAGUAUACCAUGUACAGUGUGACAGUAUACCAUGUACAGUGUGAUAGUAUACCAUAUGCAGUGUGAUAAUAUACCAUGUACAGUGUGACAAUAUACCAUGUACAGUGUGAUAAUAUACCAUAUACAGUGUGACAAUAUACCAUGUACAGUGUGAUAGUAUACCAUAUGCAGUGUGAUAAUAUACCAUGUACAGUGUGAUAAUAUACCAUGCACAGUGUGACAGUAUACCAUGUGCAGUGUGAUAGUAUACCAUGUACAGUGUGACAGUAUACCAUGUACAGUGUGACAAUAUACCAUGUACAAUGUGACAGUAUACCAUGUACAGUGUGAUAGUAUACCAUGUACAGUGUGACAGUAUACCAUGCACAGUGUGAUAGUAUACCAUGCACAGUGUGAUAGUAUACCAUAUACAGUGCUGGGUCUGUCCAUCCAGUAUGAUAUUAUACCAUGCACCAGUGUGAUAGUAUACUAUUUACAGUGUGAUUGUAUACCAUGUACUGUGUGAGAGUAUACCACACAGUGUGAGAGUAUACCAUGUACUAGUGUGACAGUAUACCAUGCACAGUGUGAUAGUAUUCCAUGCACAGUGUGAUAGUAUACCAUUCAUCAGUGCUGAGUCUGUUUUGUGACAGUACACCAUGCACAGUGUGAUAGUAUACCAUGCACAGCGAGACAGUAUACCAUUAAUCAGUGCUGCGUGUGUCCAUCCAGUGUGAUAGUAUACCAUGUACAGUGUGAUAAUAUACCAUGUACAGUGUGACAGUAUACCAUGUACAGUGUGAUAAUAUACCAUGCACAGUGUGAUAGUAUACCAUGCAGUGUGAUAAUAUACCAUGUACAGUGUGACAGUAUACCAUUUGUCAGUGCUGAGUCUGUUGUGUGACAGUAUACCAUGCACAAUGUGAUAGUAUACCAUGCACAGCGAGAGAGUAUACCAUUUAUCAGUGCUGCGUCUGUCCAUCCAGUGUGAUAGUAUAUCAUGUAAAAGUGUGAUUGUAUACCAUGUACCGGUGCUUUGUUUAUCUAUCCAAUGUGAUAGUAUACCAUGUACCAGUGUAAUAGUAUACCAUGUACAGUGCUGCAUCUGUCCAUCAAGUGUGAUAGUAUACCAUGUGCAAGUGCUUGAUCUGUCCAUCCAGUGUGAUAGUAUACCAUGUACAGUGCUGAAUCUGUUUAUCCAGUGUGAUAGUAUACCAUGCACCAGUGUGAUAGUACACCAUGUACAGUGCUGGGUCUGUCUAUCCAGUGUCAUAGUAUACCAUGUACAGUGCUGGGUCUGUCCAUCCAAUGUAAUAGUAUACCAUGUACAGUGCUGGGUCUGUUUAUCCAGUGUCAUAGUAUACCAUGUACAGUGUAAGAGCAGUGUUAUGUACUAUGUACCAUUGUUUUUAUUGUGCUUGUGAUAUGUUAGUGUGAGAACAUACUAUGUACCAGUACUGGAUCUUUGCAUGCAGCGAGUGUCAGUUUGAGAACAUACUAUGUACAGAGAUGUGUGAGAACAUACUAUGUACCAGUGUUGGGAUUCUGCAAACAGUGUGUCAUUAUGAGAGCAUUCCAUGUACCGGGUAUAGGUUUCUGUAUGCAGUGUGCCAGUGUGGUAGUGCUAGCUUAUCUCUGUUCACCUCAGGACCACAACACCCUGCCAGCCCUAACCCCCUGCAGUGCAUGAGAUGAUGUCCACUGCUCUGGCUCAGUUGGGCUCAUAGUGUACCACAGUGGGGGCUAAUGCUUUGCAGAAUGGGCUGAUGCUCUGGCAAGUUUGUGAAUCUGUGCUCUCCUCUCUGUGUUUGAUGACUUUGUGAUGUUUGUGAAGUUCAGGUGAAUGCUCAGCAGGUUCUGCCAGGAUGUGGAAAAUAUUCUGUAUGCUUAACAAAGGGUGAUGACUGAGGUUAAUGCUAUGUUUGCUCUUUUAUGAUGCUGUCAAUUCUACAAGGCGCUAACUAAGAUAGCGUUAACAUUCUGUUGGUCCUGAAGAGAAAUGUCAGAUUUUUGUAGUGUGGACUUUAUCACCAAUAGGUUAAUACUUGAUGAAUGCUGUCAGCGUUAGAUUACUGGUUUUCAGCCAUUGGCAUGUGUGAUAUUAAUGCUCUGCAACUAAUGGCAAUAACAGCAAUAAAGCAAUGCCUAUGGUGGUAUACAGUGUGUACAGCUCACAGGGAGUCAUUCAUUAUCUUCGUGUUUUCAUACGGGGGGAUUUUCAAAGCUCUUUAAUGUUGGGUACCUGAGCAUACUCUUGUUCGGAGGUGUUGAUAAAUAUGGUAGGAGUUAACACGUUGAUAAUAUGGCUGCAGUGUAUACAUCUGAACUUGGGUAGAAUUGAUGUGACCAUUCUUAUUGAAGUAUUAUUAAUGGCAACGAGAUAAUGGACAUGGCUGGAAUACAGCUGUAAGUGGCACGUAUGUUAGUAGUAUUUAACAUUAGGCACUGAUGAUACCAACUGGAGCAGGGAAGCAUUCAUUAUAAACACUUACAAUUGUUGUGCUGUUCAUUGUCACAGGGUGAGGUGGGAUUGGAAGUAUGGAGGUCCAAGCUUGGCAUUUAUAAGACAAGUAGUUUGGAAUGUUUCUGGUAGAGCUGUUGGCUAGAUGCCUUACAGGGUUAAACUGUAUUGCAUGGUUAGUGAUAUAGAGAUAGUAUGGCUAGUGAUAUGGGGAUAGUAUGGCUAGUGAUAUGGAGAUAGUAUGGCUAGUGAUAUGGGGAUAGUAGGGCUAGUGAUAUGGAUAUAGUAUGGCUAGUGAUAUGGCGAUAGUAUGGCUAGUGAUAUGGCGAUAGUAUGGCUAGUGAUAUGGCGAUAUUAUGGCUAGUGAUAUGGCGAUAUUAUGGCUAGUGAUAUGGAGAUAGUAUGGCUAGUGAUAUGGGGAUAGUAUGGCUAGUGAUAUGGAGAUAUUAUGGAUAGUGAUAUGGAGAUAGUAUGGCUAUUUAUAUGGAUAUAGUAUGGCUAGUGAUAUGGAGAUAGUAUGGCUAGUGAUAUGAAGAUAGUAUGGCUAGUGAUAUGAAGAUAGUAUGGCUAGUGAUAUGGAGAUAGUAUGGCUAGUGAUAUGAAGAUAGUAUGGCUAGUGAGCUGAAGAUAGUAGGCUAGUGAGCUGAAGAUAGUUUGACUAGUGAUAUGGAUAUAGUAUGGCUAGUGAUAUGGAGAUAGUAUGGCUACUGAUAUGAAGAUAGUAUGGCUAGUGAUAUGGAGGUAGUAUGGCUACUGAUAUGAAGAUAGUAUGGCUCUGGUAUAUUGAAUUGUUACAGUAGAGUACUGACUUAGUUAUUGGAUGUAAAAGCAGUACAUAAUUCAGGUAACAUUGAGGUAAUGAUAUGUAAGUUUAGAGACGAGCUAGUUCUGUCUUUUUGGAACAUCUGACUGUGACUGUUCCUUGUGUGCAGGGUAUUUAUUAUGCAGGACUAGUUAGUGUGAGUUGGUGCUCAGAAUAUCUAGCCUGAAUCAGGGGGUAUAUUGGCUCAAAGUAUUGGCAUGAGUAGCAUAUAGUUUAAUGCAUGCAUUAGAUUAAAGUUGAACAGUGUCAUCUUAAAACAAAUACACAUCUACCAUCCCUAAUAGGAGUCUACCUUUUAAAUGAACAUCUGCCGGCAUACAGUCUGUAAUAUGCAGCAAGAUCCCAGUCUAAGGCCCCUCAUGAAAGCCUUCAGGAUUCAAAACAGCCUUCAAGCAAUAGUUAAACUUUGUUUCUUAACCACAGGCAGCCAAGAUGUUAAAGUCUAUAAUGGUAAAAAGCACGUUGUGGACUAGAAAGGGGCAUUAACGGCAGUAGGGUACAAAAACAGACAAUAUUUGUUGAUCAUAUUCGUGUUUGGUCUUUUGUACCUGCAUUACAGACAUGAUAGUGUCAAGGGUCACAGUAUAUAAAUCUUUAUACCAUCUUCUAUUGACCAUUAUUUUAGGAUAAUACUCUGCAAGCGGAGUCAAAGAGGCAACUGCAGUUGUGCUAUGACUCAGGAAAAGAUUGAUGCUCUGCAUGCUAUGGCAAGAUGUGGUUUGCUCUGAAAUAAGACCUGGCCAGCUGUGCCAUUAUAAGGUCAAUGCUGUGUGUGCUCUAACAAGGAGUUUUUAAUGAGCUACUUUGCAAAGUCCUGUCCAGUUACACCGUGUCACACAUAAACACACACAGAUCUAUAAAAGAACACUGUUCUCUUCCAUCUCGUCAUUUAAUCCUAUCAACCCUCUUGGUAGCAGCUGGGUCAUUUUCACCCUGCAGUCUACUCCUGAGGCCUUAUUUGCCCAUUCACAGUAUUCAAGUCUCUCUUUCCUAGCAGUGACCUUUUUUCUCUCUUCUUUGGAGGCAAAAUCUUUGCUAACUUUGUGAUUCUUCUCUUUUUAUCUGCUCACCAUCAGUAUCUUAAUAUCUAUUUGUUUAACCCUGUAGCUAGUGGCCUCUCAUACCCUCCAUCUAUUGGUGUCAUAUUUGCAUACUUUGUUAAAAAACUAUAUUUUUUUGAUUCUCAUAUUGCAUUUUAUGGAAAGACCACUCACCAGUCCUCCAUGGUACCUUCCUGUCUUCUUAUUGUUUAUUACGAGACCAUACACUCCUCCCUGUCUUCUUAUUGUUUAUUACGGGACCAUACACUCCUCUUCUGCUGGUCAGUGGAGUGACCACCUUUGGCUCCUGUUUUUUCUUUUCCUGCAAAGGCUUUUUCCAACUUUUCGAUAAUCGAUUCUUAUUUUGGCCUUGAGGUCUUCUCUCUUCAGUUAUGGCUACUCUCUCUACACUUUGAUAUCUCAUUAUUCAGUGUGACAUCUUUUUUUCCAUCUUCAUAUUUUUCAUUAUACUUUUUAUUUAUUAGGGCUUCUACACUAGUGUUCGUCUCAUGGGACCCAGUCUUUCCUUCCUUACACAGGCCCUUGUUCUCUGAGGUACCACAAGGAGGAGGGUACUUGUGGUAUCCUGGGUGUUGCAUGUGUUUACAAUUCGGCAGAUUUUUCUUGCACUGUUUAUCUCACAUCAGUGGGACCAAGCUAUAAGCAGGUACGUACCGUUCAGCUGAUUUCAGCUGUUCACAAAUAUGCAUAAUAUUUUAGGGAGGGAUUCGCUUAAAAAAAUAGGGAAAAGAAUUGCAUGAUGGGGGUUACAUGGGCAUAUAUGCUGGGUAAUAGAUUAGUUAAGACAUAAUUUACAAAUCAUUGUUACAAUCCUGACAAUCCUUGUCCCUCCUGCAGCUUUUGGAAUAAAUUCUCAUGAUUCUGUGCCAGGAAACCAUAAGGUAUCCAAUUUAAGAACAAGCAUAAGGAUUCUAUCAACAUCAAGUCAUUUUAAGCAUAUUCCACUAAGGCUGAAUCUAGUUAAGUGUUAGUUGCAUUUUGUUAAAUAUAUUAGCUUAAAUUGAAAGAGGGACAUAAACACAUUGCUGUCUUAUAGCAGGAGACACAACUAACAGGCAGCUUUUAAUGCAGUGCGGUUGUACUCUGCAGCAGGGUUAAUGUGCAGUGUCAUCAGACAGAGUUACAAGCAAACAUGCAAUGUUGCUAGACAAUGUCAGAGGUUAUGGUUGUCAGAUGUAAUAGACAUUCAUAUGCAAUGCUAUAACACACAACUGGGUAUACUUGUAAACUGCUAGCAGGCACAGAUGGAGGCAGAGCUGCCAACCACUGAAAAUGAGUUUCACUUACUGCUGGGUUAUUUACUAAGCAGGGUAUUGCGGAGAAUUGACAAGGGAAUAUUUUUUCAGCAAAAAAAAAACCUAAAUUGGAAAAAUUCUGAAACUCAGCUGUUUUUCCAGCUCAGCCUUUUGGUAUAAAUAAUACAUUUUUACAUUGUUAGUUCCCUCGUCCAUUCGCCAUAAUUUAAAAUUUAGAACAAUCCCAUGUGUGUUAAACUGUUGACAGCACAAUCAUUUUCUAAAUUAUAUAACGGAACAAUAUCCAAUAUUACCAUAUGUUUGUGAUUAAAAUGAUAGGCAAAUAUGUCCACACUGAUCCCAUCACAGUCUAACUCCCAUCACAAACAAACACUUACUCCCACUAUGCACAAAUACGGGGACAGCAUAUAUAGUCUUUCCUUGUUAGUCCUUCCCUAACACAUUGUCAUCAGUCUUGACAGGAAAUUGUAAUCUUUUUGCCUCCGAGGCACAAAUAACUAUUCAUAACUGGGUUUAUGUGAAUGGACUAUGAGGUCAGCACUCGAUGUCAGCAUUGGGGAAUAUUUCCUGGAUGCUGCAUGGGUUUUGUCUACAAAUAUUUCUAUUACCCAAACCAGCAUUGGCGUGUGCAGCACAUUUUAUUACCAUUUACAUAAGGUAUUUUUUUUAUAAUUAAAGGAGAAUAUUUAUCGAAAGCUGAACUAUCAUAUGGGUUAAUUCUAUUUAUCAAACAUGCUAAAAGUGUAGCUAUUUUACUUUUUAAACUACUAGAGAAACACUUGCAAAACAAACUUCAGAAAUAAAGUAAAACCAUAUCUAAUGAUAAGCAUCAUUUACUAAGAUAAAUUACUCGUCUUUGACAGGUUAAUUAGAUAUUUCAAAUGGAUAGAGAUUUGAAGACAAUUGAGAGCUGUAUUUGUAUGUACCUGGGCACACCUGUUAUACACAUUCUCCAUCUUUAUACACCAUUUCACAAACUACUGUCAUUCAGUAUCUCCGUGUCAAGGUUACUGUGUAAGAGGUGCUUUUGGACAGAAGAAAAUCACUGUUAUAGGUUCACAGCUAGCACUGCGUAGAUGAUCUUCUGUAACGUAGAACUGCACAAUAAUGUCCAUUUACUCCAGACAUCACUGUGUAUCAACUACUGCUAACAUCUUCCAUUGACGUUUUAACUGAUAAUUUGAAUGAAUUACCCGUAUUUUCCGGCGUAUAAGACGGCUGGGCGUAUAAGACGACUGGGCGUAUAAGACGACCCCCAACUUUUCCAGUUAAAAUAUAGAGUUUGGGAUAUACUCGCCGUAUAAGACUUCCCCUCUUCCAAAGCACACCAAAUAAAAAUUAGCCAUGAUGUACAGUGAGCAGACAGAGCUACACAGCAAGACAUUGAAUAAUGAUAUUCUGAAAUAGCAUUUAAAGCCCAGGUAUGUGCCAGACUGUUUGGGCAUAUAAUCCAUGCCUGCUGGUCUAGCACACAGGCGGCUAAUUGCGAUAUAUUCUUUUUACUCCCCCCGCCCAAUCCUCCCUACGUUCUUCUCACCUCCCCUUCCCUGUGCAGAGUGGGUGGCCGAGCUCCUCUUCGUCCUGUCAGUCCGGCCGGGUACCGCGCGGUACAGGAGAUUCAGUUACCGGUUCCCGGCCGGACUGAAAGGAAGUGAGCACUCAGUGUGCACUUCCUUUCAGUCCGGCAGGGAACAGAUAACUGAAUCUCCUGUACCGCGCGGUACCCGGCUGGACUGACAGGACGAAGAGGAGCUCGGCCACCCACUCUGCACAGGGAAGGGGAGGUGAGAAGAGAGGCAGUGCGGCAGCCGUCUGAGCGCUCUCUAUAGAGCGCUCAGGCGGCUGCAGCAUUAGAAGGGCCGGCGAUGGGGGCGCAGGGCGCCCCCGGCAGCCAUAUAGACCCUAUACCCGGCGUAUAAGACGACCCCCGACUUUGGAGAAGAUUUUCCAGGGUUAAAAAGUCAUCUUAUACGCCAGAAAAUACUGUAUUUUAAGCAAAUUAAAUCCCAUUAACAGCCGUAUAAGCACAUCUAUGAAUGAUUACUAUACGCACUUGUAAUGUCAUAUUCAUGUACUGGCACACUUUUCCAUCUAUGAAUUGAAUGGGAAGCUAGUUAUUGGCCAAGGAAACCCACUUAGUUUUUUCAUGACCGCAUGUAUACAGGAGGCAGAUUUAAUCUCUGUGAAUAUCUGUAUAAUUCGACAUUUACAGAUUAGUAUCCUUGCUUAUAAAAUAAAAAUAAUAUGCAGGUAAAGCAUUAAAGAGAAUUCUGCAGUUCAUUGAUGUGGGUGGACGGAUCAGCGUUGGAAUGUCCCUUUAAUGCGCAGUGUUAUCAGACCGAGCUGCAGAGUUCUUAUCAGAAUGUCACCUCGGUUAGAAUGCAGUGCUUUUCAAUAAUUGUGAAUAUUAUGGUCAGAUAUAACUGACAUUAUUUUACAUUGUUGUCUGGUGUUUGCAGUGUUAGCUAAAAACUAGGUAUUGGUUUGCACAAUAUCUGAUACAGCUGGCAUUUGCUUUUCACUGUUAUUAGAUGCACAGUUUCAGUGCUAUUUUGUAGGGUUAUAGUAUAAUGCAGUGCUGUCUCAUAGUUUAUUACACUGUUGUCAGAUACAGCCGGUAAUUGGUUUGCAGUGUUGUCAGAUGCAAGUUGAAAAAGUUUGCAGUUAUCCAAAAGCUGGAGAAGCAGUGCCAUCAGAUGGACUUGGUGAACAAUCUGCAUUAGAAUGCAGUGUUAUCAUAUGGAGAUUUCAGUUAUUGUAAGGGUUCCAAUGUUAUGAAACUGUGAGGUCCACUAAUGAGAUGACAAUAGGGGUUCAUGCUGUUAAGUAAAAAAAUGUUUAGCUCUACGUGAUUAUGUGACCUUAAAUAGUGGUAUACUGCAACAAAAUAAAUAACUGCACCUGAUUUAUUAAAAGAACACUCAAGGCACCAUAAUAAUUGAAGCAUGCUGUACUGGUUAUAAGGCCAGGUGUGCAUUAGUCAAAAUGUUUGCUAAAGGUUUGACAAUUUAGCUGGGGUUCAGUGGAAUGGCAGACGUGCUCGGUGGACUCAUUGGUAAGUAGUCUUUAUUGGUAAGUCGUCUUCAUUGGCAAGUAAUCUUCAUUGGUAAGGAGUCUUCCUCCAUGUAGAGUUGGAAGCUCUAGCAUGAAGUUUUCAUUAGUCCUUCUCAGUUUUAGGGCCAGCUGAUUGGGGUAGAGUGUUACCUGAUCACUCUCUACCAAUGAGUUAAGCCCUGCACUACCUGGCUUAUCUUAAUGCAGAGAACAUCUGACUUUCAUAGAGGAUGUGGCUGGUGUCGAGUGGACCCCAGCUAAAUUAUCAAACUGUUAGGAAGCAAUUUGCGUACUUACAAUGGCUGAGGCACCAGUGUACUUCUGGCACCAUAAUCACUUGAGCAUGCUGUAGUGCUUAUAGUGCUUGGAGGGUUCUUUUAAUUUGGUGUAACUUAAUGCAUCGGCUGUUCAGGAAUUGUUUCUACUAAGUUUAAUACAAAACUGGAUAACUGAGUUGAGAUGCCAUUUAAAAUGCUACUUUAUAAAUCGUUUGGUGUGCCUUGAAAUUUUGCACAGCUGGGAUUAGUGCAUAUAAGAUAUUGAAAAAGAUUAGAGCUCAGUAUCAUCAGACAUUUGAAAAUUUAAAAUGUUAUCAAACAGAAUUAGAGAUUAUCAAAGUAGGCAAUCAAACAAAACUAAUAAUUAAAGUGCAGUGCUGUUACUCGAAAUGAUAAUUAGAGUGCAGUGCUGUCAUAUAAAACAGAUUCAUUAAUACGGUUUUCACGACCCGGUAGUCCUUCGGAGCCCAGAAGCCCAGGCCCACAUUCCCAAUGUGCACAUACAUAUAUAGUGGUUAUUGCUAAAUAUAUAUGAUGCUGUGGGCCCCUAGUUGCCUAUGUAGUGAAGAGGGGGCCCAGCACACAGCUUCAAGAAGCUCUCUCUAACUAUUAUGAGCUACCUGGCUGUCAGAGCGUUGCCACGGGUUACCAUGGCAAUGCUCUGAGUGACAUUCAGACUUGGCUCGUGAGAGUUGGAGAGAGUAGCUGCUGGAAGCUGAAGAUGGUUUGUGCAGGAUCCCCUCUUCACUACACAGCAGCCUGCAUAGUGUCACCGGACCACUAGUGAGUGUAAUCGCCCCUCUACCUGACCACAGGUUAAAGGCAAAGAAGGAAUAAUAAAAUGAAUACUAACAAUUAAAAAACAACAACACUUUUUUCCUACAGAAUGUAGCCCCUAUCUAACCCCACAUAUAUACACAGACACACACUGCAUCCACUAUACAAAUACACACACUGCAUCCACUACAUACACUGCACCCAUACUCACACACACAAACUGCAUCCACAACACACACACUGCAUCCACUAUACACAUAUUGCAUCCACUACACAAACAUACACACACUGCAUUCCGCAAACCCCAGUACUCCUUCAAAACAUGUUUUAAUUAAUGUUCACAAAGUAUGCCUAACCCAAUCUUAUUCGUGUGGGCUAUAUAAACUAAGGGGAGUCUCCCCCAUUCCCCCAUUAUAGUAUAUCAGCAGAUAUGUGGGCUAUAAAAAUUAAGGGAAGUCUCUCCCAUUCCCCCAUUAUAGUAUAUCAUUAGAGAUGUGGGCUAUAUAAAUUAAGGGAAGUCUCCCCCAUUCCCCCAUUAUAGUAUAUCAUUAGAGAUGUGGGCUAUAUAAAAUAAGGGAAGUCUCCCCCAUUCCCCCAUUAUAGUAUAUCAGCAGAGCUGUGGGCUAUAUAAAUUAAGGGAAGUCUCCCCCAUUCCCCCAUUAUGGUAUAUCAGCAGAGCUGUGGGCUAUAUAAAUUAAGGGAAGUCUCCGCCAUUCCCCCAUUAUGGUAUAUCAGCAGAGCUGUGGGCUAUAUAAAUUAAGGGAAGUCUCCCCCAUUCCCCCAUUAUAGUAUAUCAGCAGAGCUGUGGGCUAUAUGAAUUAAGGGAAGUCUUCCCCAUUCCCCCAUUAUGGUAUAUCAGCAGAGCUGUGGGCUAUAUAAAUUAAGGGAAGUCUCCCCCAUUCCCCCAUAUUGGUAUAUCAGCAGAGCUGUGGGCUAUAUAAAUUAAGGGAAGUCUCUCCCAUUCCCCCAUUAUAGUAUAUCAGCAGAGCUGUGGGCUAUAUAAAUUAAGGGAAGUCUCCCCCAUUCCCCCAUUAUAGGGCUAUAUCAAUUAAGGGAAGUCUCCCCCAUUCCCUCAUUAUAGUAUAUCAGCAGAGAUGUGGGCUAUAUAAAUUAAGGGAAGUCUCUCCCAUUCCCCCAUUAUAGUAUAUCAGCAGAUCUGUGGGCUAUAUAAACUAAGGGAAGUCUCUCCCAUUCCCCCAUUAUAUUAUAUCAGCAGAGAUGUGGGCUAUAUAAAUGAAGGGAAGUCUCCCCUAUUUCCCCAUUAUAGUAUAUCAGCAGAGAUGUGGGCUAUAUAAAUGAAGGGAAGUCUCUCCCAUUCCCCCAUUAUAGUAUAUCAGCAGAGCUGUGGGCUAUAUAAAUUAAGGGAAGUCUCCCCCAUGCCUCCAUUAUAUUAUAUCAGCAGAGAUGUACUUGAAAAACUGCUCCAUAGAUUCUGUCACAGGGACUGUUUGGGGGUGUUUGGGGGCAAUAAGUGGAUGCGUGUAAAGGCCUUUUGUCCCACUCCCACCAGUCUGACAAUAUUUAUACUAAAGUGUGAUUUUAUUAGAUAUAACUCUCAGAUUUUAAAGAAUAUUUGAGAAUAUGUUCCCCUGUCCUUGCCAUCUCACACUUUCUUCUCACAAAUCUUCCCCUUAUCUUCAAUAAUAGCCCUCUCUUAUUGUCCUGCUCAUUUCCCUAGUUGUACACUAUUAAGGAUCUUUUUGGGUUUAUGUGUCAGUGAUUCUUUUGCUACUAACGACAUCCCUGAUGUCCAGAACUUUCUGUUUUCCUUCAAGGGUACUCUCCCCAUGUGUGAAUAUUGAUAUCUCUAAUCAAAUAUUUACUUAUUGUUCUGCUUCAUUAUAUUCUUUCUGUGGAUUACUCUCAUUAUAAAUGUAACAUUUCAUAAAGUCAGUGGUUUCUGUAUAUAUUAAAUGAACCGGCAUUUACAAAAGAAAUUAAAAUAGGGAUUCAAGUCUGUUAACCUUUGCUGUCGCCAUAUUUAGCCACAAAAUUGAGCAAGCCCCCCCCCCCCCUCCCCAAAACAUUCCAGCAAUUAUAUUGUAUUAACUGUAAAUUGGCAUAGGUCAUAAUCUCAAAUAAUUGCUUGACACCAUCCUAUAAAACUACAACUUGCAAGUACUUACGCAGGUUAUACAACCUGUUACAAAAUGUAAAUUUUUAUCCCAAGAUAAUUCAUACCUUCUAUCUAAUGAAUCACUAAUUAACAAGUUCCCAUUAGGCUACCAGAGUUGCCACCCUUAUUUGAGGUGACUGUGUGCGGCAUUAUCUUGGAAGAAACUACCUGCCAAUUAAAUCAGUACUGAAAAUCUACAACAAAUCAAAAAUGCGAUAAUAUAGAUUUGACAGCAAGUUACAGUAAAGGAUUAAUGGCUGGAAGGCAAAUAUGCAAGUAGGAAAUGAAAUUCAGUUGUCAAAGUCAUAUGAGAAAAUCAGGGAGAACAAAAUUUGAGACUGCCAAUUUUUGACAAACUUGUCUCUUUUAAGAAUUUAGAAUAAUUUUAAAAUAAUGAAAUGGACAAUGCUGCCUACAAACUCAGCAUCCCAUUAAAACAAUAUUUUAAACAUUAACUGCAAUCCAUGGAAGCCCCAUUCCUCCAAAAUGCCUCAAAAUAUUUAAUCCGUUAAGGACACAUGACGGAAAUAUUCCAUCAUGAUUCCCUUUUAUUCCAGAAGUUGUGUCCUUAAGGGGUUAAAAUAAAAACUAUCUGAACUAAAACACACUAACAAACAAAAACAAAAACGUAAAGAAAAUGCUGACACAUGCGUCUUAUUUUUCUUAGCUGACUUUAUUGAACAUUUUAAAUCCGAGUCAGUCAACCAAAAUGAAACAGCAACCGUAUUUGAAACAUUCUAACUUUGAGGAUCUUAUAGAACACAAUAUAUUUAUUAAAACAGCUAGUUUUAAUUUUCCUUUCAAUUAAACACGGUAACUAAUAAACAGAAAAAAGAAAUUAAAAAAAGGAGUGAUCUGUGUUAUGUUUAAAAAGAUGCUGAUAAAAGUAUAUUAGUGUUCAUGGCAGUGCUCGCUUUCACUAGAACCAGUGCUUUCAAGCAGAAAUGAUCAUAAAAUGAACAGAGCAUCUUACAUAAACAGUUUUACAUAAAAUAAGAGAACCUUGUCAGUACACCCUAUAUUACAUCAUUAAUUUAAAGAGAGGUACACUACUUUGCUCUGGCAUUUUUCACAAAUUAUUCAUGCUGUUUCGACCACCAAAUGAGAACAUUCCCCUAAAGUGAGCUUCUGAGCAUUUCUGAGGCAGAGAUCAUUCACCACAAGGAGACCACUGGACAACUUCACUAGGCCCAACAAUUAGUACAUCAUAACUGAACAAUCCAAGAAACAAGACCCAAUCAAUUAAUAAUCUGAUCAAAAUUGUUUGUAAGAAAGAAAUAGGUGAGGACAUUUCUUCAAAGGAAAACUACCUUAGUAUUCAACUUCACAAAAUAAAGCAUUCACUGCUGUAAAGCCCCUCAAUGUACAUGUCAUCAUAACACAAAGUUAGCAUUGUCAAAGUCCAACUUGUAUCAUUCCAAAACCCAUCUAGCCAGUGGUGGCGUACAAGAGUGUCUUCAAAAUAUUGGGAUUAUCGAUUUAGCCAAAUUCAAUAGUCUCAGAACUACUGCUCGCUUGUGAGACUGUAAUUGUAGCCAGGUAUGAUGAAAAAGGAAUGGCACUGAUUCAAACGCUGGGGCUCAUCUGCCUCAAAGCCCACCCCAGGAAAACAGUGUCCCUGAUUCAAUCUGAGAAGUCAUACAUCCCAGACCUGUGUGGGAUAACUCUAUAGUCGACCACGGAGAUGCCUAUAUAGGCAGUGACACUUGAAUAAACAGUAAAAAAAGCUAUCACCCUAAGGGCAAUCUCGCUUGGUACAAAGGAAGACCAAACCAGAUUAGCCCGGCCUUUACGUGGCUGUGAUAAUGUGUGCCCAUGGUCAGUGCAGUAUGAUGUGGAACCAGGAAGUAUAAGGAGUAAUUUCAGUAACCCAAAUGCGUAUUAAAAAAAAAAAAAAGAAUAAUAAAUAAAUAAAUAAAAUUUACAGAAAUAGAUGCAAACAGUUCAACAGUUUUAAAUAUACCCGCAAGGCAUCAAGUGCCAUCUAACGAUAAACAUGUGUAUCCCGACCCACCACCAACACAUCACACAAUGGUAAAAGUGAGUAUUAAUAAGACCGCAUUACACCAUAGUCAGUAUUAAAGUGGCCAUACCAUACAUAAUAGCAUGGUGAUUGAUUCCAAAAAUUGAAGGUGGUGGAAGCUUAGAGUAUAUGUAGCACCUGGCGAGUGACCUAGGAGAAGCCCCAUGACAAUAUGCAUCAACUCCCCCACCAAACAGAAACACCUGGCAGCAACAGGACGGGAAGAAGCAAAGGCCGUAGCUGGGAUGGGGGUAGAGGGAAUGAUUGUGUCGCUGGGAGCACUGUUUCUGUCUUAUUACUGAUAGCAUAGCACAAGUGUGUCUAAUGAUGACCAGUUGACCAUGCAAAGCACAUGGAGACAGUUCCCAGGUGACCACAAAAAUGAGACACUAGGGAAAAAUCUCAAACCUGGGCUGUCCUACCAAACUUGGGAAAUGCAUAUUUUAGAGCAAAGCAUGUGAAAGAGUAUCCAACUCCAUACUUUACCAUCUUAACUAUUUUGGCCUAAAAUGUGCAACUACUUAUCAACUCUCCACAAUUCCCAAUUUAGUGUAUAUAACCAAUUUCAUUAUAAUACUGCUUCACAGGCUUUGGAACUUUGUUAAGAUGACCUCCAGCGGAAAGGUCACAAUUUUCUGCUCCAGCUGCAAUUACAUGAUUGUCUUCUAUAGAGUACUUUACCCAGCAUUUUACAUUGCACAUAAUACUCACUCAAUAAUAUCUUCACACUGAAGUCCUAAUAUAUACUGCCAGGCAUUAUGAUAAAAUAGAUAUAUAGUCUGGGCUGGGGAAAACGAGGAGGGCUUGCAAAGGCUGCAGACAAGACAUCUGCAGCUUUUGCAAGCUGUUUAUAUAUACCUCAAUGAAAUAAGCAUAAUUAAAUGCAGGCAUAAUUUUAUUAUGGUAUGUCUACUAAACAAUCAUUUUUUUCUUUUUUGUAUUUGGGCAGUGAAAUGUCCCUUAAAAAAAAUAAUGUAAAAAAGUAGAUAAAAAAAAACUCACGUACAUUACCCAUGUAAUACCUUGACAUAUGCAUUUCUUUUUAAACCUAGUGGAGCUUUAUUUGUUUUUGUUUUUUUAGCCUUCUGUUUCUCUAUAACUGUUUUGAUUAUCUUUUUUUUUUGUUUUUUUAGCGAACAUUGUCUUUAUAUUUGUAGUGUUUCAGCUGUUGUACAAACAUCUUCAGAGAAAUACAGAAAUAAACACAAAGCACAGACAAAAUACAUAAUACUUAGACACGUUGCUAUGACAAUAGAUAAUACUUUUUUUUUUUUAUUCUUUAUUUUUGCAUAGCUGGUAAUAACCCAAAAGCCCCUCUCGCCAGAUCCAAAAGGGUAAUAACCAGUAACUGGAGGAUGCAUGCAGUAAGCGUGGUGUACCCAAGCGUGGUGUGUCGGUAAGGUAGAUGCUUUCGGCACGUACUCUCUGGGUACAAAGGGAUUGAUUCCCGUUACUGUCCAAGAUGGAUGAGCUUCUGUCAGUGCUGCAUCUGCUGGCAGGCCUAGGGAUUGGAGGAAAACUGGUGCCUCUUAGAGGUGUGAUAAUAGGUGGGUUUUGCAGGCCUUGUCUGCCAUCAAUCGGUGACAACUAAAACUAGACUAAAACUAAAAUAAUUCAGAUUACUAAAACUAAAAUUCCUAUUUAGUCAAAAGACUAUAACUAAAUUGAAAUUUGUCGCCCAAAUUAACACUGCUCCACAGCAAUAAUACUCAUUGUAAUGUGUCUUUAAACUACAAUAAAUUUGUUCAAAAAUCAGUCUGUGCAAAUUAUACAUUUUGCUCGUGUUCUAAAUGACAUUUUAGUUGCGUAAAUUGUUAUUAGUAAGUCUAUAGUAAUGAGUGGAGCAAAAUGAAACACUGCUUAAAAAUAGUGGAGAAAGAUAAUAUACAAACUCCUUAAAUAUUAGGUGGUCCUUCCAGUCAAUGAUGAUAAUAUGUAAAAAAAAAAAGAAUAAAAAAUACAAUGAUAGUGCAGAUGGUUAACAAUAAUAUGUAGAUCAACUCACAUCAGCUGACAAAUCUCUUAUACAUUUCAUAAUAUAUGAAAGUGAAAUGUCAUCGUUACAAUAAUUAGCUUAAAGAGCCAAAUUGUAAAAAAAUGACAUAGUUUUAUUGUCUGCUACAUGCAGAAUAAAAUGGUACAUAAAUACAAAAAAAAAGUAGUAAAAUAAAAGAGUUUAGAGGGUAAUUAGCCCCUUACUAGAUAAGAUGGUGAGUAUAACAGGCUUACGCCGUAACUCACUAAGACAGCUUGUAAUUGCUUUAUGCGCUAUUAACCCCUUAAGGACCAAACUUCUGUAAUAAAAGGGAGUCAUGACAUGUCACACGUGUCAUGUGUCCUUAAGGGGUUAAAGUGUUUUUGAAAAAGGAACCUAGAUGCAACAUUUACUUGUGUUUUGGGCAGGACACAAGGAAACUAUAAUACAAAUUUUUGGAUAUGAGCUUCAUUUGAGCACACAGCAGAUUUGAAGCAAUGGCAUGCAUCAUUUUACAUGAGGGCGGGUGCAUACUGCAGUGGGAGAGUUUUUUGAUAACUUGUCACAUUUUCUCCAAUGUACGGUAUUCAGCCAACAGCUCUUGUGCAGCAGUGAGAAGGAUUAUCUGAAAACACAUGAGGAAUUAUAUAAUUCUGUGGUGUCCAGGAAAGCUGAUGUAUUAAUAUUCUUACCAUUUGUAUUUAUGUUUAUUUUAUUGAUACACUGGUAAGAGUAAUACAUAGCAUGCCACGUAUUAAAAUCCAUUAGAGGCAAGGUGCAGCAAGGUUUUGCACUAGUUAUACAAACAGAGCAAUAUGUAUCAAUAGGAGAGCAGUAACUGACCAAAAUAAUUUACCCACUUACACAGGAUGCUACAGAGGCUGCAGAAAUCUAGGGAUUUCCUGGAAGUGUCUAGUGUCAAAUUACCAUUAACCUCCAUGUAACACAGCUCAUCUAACUCUUUCCACUUGCCCCUUGCUUGUAGCAUCUGUUUUGAUCUUGCCUCCUUCACAGCAGCCUACCUUUCUACCUUCACGCCAUCUUGCCCAUUUCAACCUUUUUAUUACAGCUGUUUCCAUUAUCUAUUUAUAACAUCUCUCCUGUCUUUAUUGCCCUUGAUUGGCAGCAAUCUCUAUGUUAUUUAUUUAAUCUGUCUCUUUUUUUUACCCUAUUUAUUAUAGAUGACCCUUCCCCCUAUUAUUCAGCCCUCCCUCCUUUCCCCGUUCAUUCUUUCUUUCUUCUGCUUUUUUUUAAAGUUCCACCCUUUCUGCUUCCCUUUACCGCCAUUGCUUACCCUACCUACCUCUAUAGAGGUGUUUUCCAAAUACCUCCAAUACCUCCAGCAGCGUCAUGCCAGGAGAAGAUCCAAUAUAUAGUGUACCUCUGGCGAUGAGAGAUUCUUGGGAAGCUGUUUGAAACAAAAAGCAGCAUUUUAUUUAUUUAUGUAUUUUGUAGCUUGCGUGGUCACCUGUGUCAACUAUUUCCUGUGGUCCAACUAUUGUUCUCUUUAUUGCAGUGAGCCUUAGGCAUCCAUUUAUUGAGUUAGCCAGACUAUCUUGGCAUUAUGUUCCUCAUCCAUUGCAUCAAUUUGCUUCUGGGCAGAUUCUCAUAAUAACAAAAUAACACUGUCUGCUCUCAUGUCAGCUCCUUUUUAUGUGUGAUGAUGCAGAGGUUCCACAUUUGUCCAUAGUAGACCAAAUAAAUGGAGGUGAUUUAUUGUUUGAAUACAUCAUGUUAGCAGAGUCUGAUAAAAGCUAAAUAAAAUAAUAGCAAAGAACUGUAAACCAGAAAACCACAAUGCCACAUUGCAAAGAGCAUUAUAUCUCCAAGUGUCUUCACAUGUUGGAAAAUAAAGAUAAGUAAACAUGUGAAGGAAAGAUGGAAGAUGAUGGUUAUAAUAAUAGAUACAGCAACAACCAGUUUGUCCAUUUGAACCUUAGAAGGCUACAAGUCAUUCAGUGUAUUUGUUGACUUUCUAAAUGUCAAUAUUCUGUCUAGAAAUAACACAAGAUCACCACCAAACCUAUUUAGUUUAGAAAAACGUUGCCUGAGAGGGGAUAUGAUAACAUUAUACAAAUAUAUUCUGGGCCAAUGUUACGGUUACCUCCAGGCUAGCUGGAAACUAGACCGCUUGGAUGAUCUGGAUCCCAAAGGCAGAGAAAGAGGAGAGCCACGUUGGUAGUUAUUCCAUACGAGUCCUGUAAAUGUAGAGCAAUCCCACUAGCUAUCAUACAGCUAGGAUACCUUUUUCCCCCAUAAAACGAGUCGAGGCUGUGAUUUGAAGGUCAAGCAAGAACUGGCUUUAAUGACACACAAAAUACACAGGGGACCGUAUUUAUGCAAAAUCUCAGGUCCAGGGACAGGCCCCUCUGGACCUGAUGGGAUACAGGGACAAUACAAGUGGGGGACCAAUAGAAAUGCAAUGCAUCGUUUGAAAUCGUCACCGCCCAGCUUAGAGAUAAUGAAUCCAACGGUUAUUUCAAUACAAUUAUCUCUAAGCGCCUAAAACCCCACGUGUUUUUGCCACAUAGAAAACAGAAUAAAAAUACAUAACUCAAACCGUUUUAUACAUAAUUCGUGUCUUCCACCAUUCAUUAUAUAGCCUCGGUUGAGGCGAAACAAUUAACCGAAGAGCGCUCAGAACCCACGAAUGGUAUGAGGUAUUUCCUCGAACCAAAGUCUGUUCGUGUCUUUGGGUUCUGAGCGUGUGAUGACGGCCAUGUUUUAAGGUAGACUAAUAGGCCGCGGGACUUCACUCUCAAACUUGUGGAACAGGAACCGGCUAGAAGUCUGUACGAAUCCCUGCUCCGUCGCUGGAAGUCUCCGGUGUUUGAGAGGCGAAUGAAGACUGCCGGGAGGGGGUACUUAACCUGCGGUUAACCGCAGAAACCAACAUUCUAAUUGGAGCCACACGCCAGGCUGUAGGUGGCCCUUUGUUCGGUACCCAUUCGGUAGUUAGAGUAUCGGGUGAUGGGGCACGAACGUGGACUUCCUGCUGUCGUCAAUUAGGUUGCGGUUAACCGCAGACCGCAACUCUCUGGGCGAUUAAGUAGAGACACACUCCGCUCGUAGGGUGGUCGGCCGUUCGGCUGUUCCCGGGGUGACCGGGGUUAAGUGGCGGCACACGCCAAGAUCCUGGUGGUCUGCCGUUCGUAUCACGAAUAGCCCGUAGGCCCGUAGUUCAGGAGUUAGGUAUCAAAUCCCAAUAUUGUAGUCAAACUCUGGGUGAAAUGUAGCAAUGAAUAACAUUCGCUUCUGAGUUGUAGCGAUCCAAUGACAGUAACCAAUAGUUUGUAACAGCCAAUUCAAACCAUUGUGGGGAAAUCUAUUCACAAAUCGGACUCUACAUAGGACACGAGGUCAUGCGUUUAGACUGGAAGAAAGAAGAUUUUGUCUAAGGCAAAGGAAAGGUUUUUUUACUGUACGAACAAUUAGGAUGUGGAAUUCUCUGCCUGAAGAAGUGGUUUUAUCAGAGUCCAUACAGAUGUUCAAACAGCUACCAGAUGCAUACUUGCAAAAACAGAAUAUUCAAGGAUAUAAUCUUUCAAUGUAGGGUUAUAACUGCUUGAUCCAAGGAUACAUCUGACUGCCAUUCCUCGGGUCAAGAAGGAAUUAUGUUCCUAGCUUGUUGCAAAAUUAGAAGUGCUUCAAACUGUUUUUUUUUUACUUCUUUUGGAUCAACAGCAAAAAACAAAGGUGGGGAAGGCUGAACUUGAUGGACGCAAGUCUCUUUUGAGCUAUGUAACUAUGUAACUUGAAAUGAGAAAAAGAGAAAAGGUAGAUCCACACAGUCACAAUAACAUGUGAAGUUGUAGAGUCUAUCUUAUAAGUAGCCUACCUCAGAGCUACAAGGUAGGGGUUAACCCCAAAAAUAAUAAAUAAAACAAAGAGACCCUUGAAACAAGGGGAUCCCAAAAGUAGCUCUGAACACACAGAAGAAACAUAUGUGAUUACCAGAUAAUAGGAGAGAGAAGGGGGGGAGGGGGAUCACAUGUAAAUGGAUAAAAGGAUGGUAAAGGUGGAAGGGAGUUGACAAAGUAAACCCUAUCUUCACCUUUUACCACCCACAGCUUACUAUCUAUUAAAUAUCCCCAAAAUCCACAACAAAAAAUGACACAAUGUAUGGUGAGAGAUAAAAAAGGGGUCCAACCACUCCUCCCAAUAUGAAUGGUAAGGCCUCCUAGAUCUCAGGAUACACAGGCUGAGUGGACUGAUAAGAACUAGUAACCCCCCAAAAAUAUGUAGUGCCCCCACUAACGUUAGGCAGACAAAUGGAAUCCUGUAAACUAAAUGGGGUAGACAGACCAAGUGUAGACAAACCCCGUGCCAAGUCCAGAGAAUCCCCACAGGACUAAAGCUGCCUGCCUAAAAAUCUUAUACAAGCUGGUAAACUAACUGACUUAACCCAACAUUCUGACUACCUAAGUGCUACCUAGUGUAAAAUAAAAAUAAUAAAGAAAGAAAGCGCUCGAUGCACGUUUCAGCGUGAAUACAUGCCGUCGUCAGGAGCUAUUACAUGUGCAUGUCCCACUGAGCCGGUUAAGUACCUGCUUAAUCAGGGAGAAAUCCUUCCAGCUGAUCCGACGUGCUAAGCGGGGUGGGCGAGUGACGUAAAGUCAACACUCCCCCUUGCCGCGUCAUAUCUUAUGGUGUGUGACCAUUGGAGUAUAACAAAGUCAAUCACUGCAGGGGGAGGGUGCAUCGUCGGACACACCUCCCCUUGGCAUCGUGGCUGGCAUGAAGAUGAUUGACAGGUUACGAAAUUAAUUGUCACGCCUGCUGCCAGUGUUUAAAGGACCACUAUAGUGCCAGGAAAACAUACUCGUUUUCCUGGCACUAUAGUGCCCUGAGGGUGCCCCCACCCUCAGGGACCCCCUCCCGCCCGGCUCUGGAAGGGGAAAGGGGUAAAAACUUACCUUUUUCCAGCGCUGGGCGGAGAGCUCUCCUCCUUCCUCUCCGUUCGCCUCGCCGGGCUGAAUGCGCACGCUACGCGAGCUGCGCACAAGAUUCAGCCGUUUAUAGGAAAGCAUUUACAAUGCUUUUUAUGACGCUGGCGUUCUCACUGUGAUUUUCACAGUGAGAAGCACGCAAGCGCCUCUAGUGGCUGUCAAUGAGACAGCCACUAGAGGAUUAGGGGGAAGGCUUAACCCAUUCAUAAUUAUAGCAGUUUCUCUGAAACUGCUAUAAUUAUGAAAAAAUGGGUUAACCCUAGAAGGACCUGGCACCCAGACCACUUCAUUAAGCUGAAGUGGUCUGGGUGCCUAGAGUGGUCCUUUAAAACAUAGGCUGAAUGUCCCUAAGGUGAUAGAAAAGUUAAGGGGUAUAACUUAACCCCAUCAUAUCACAUAUCCUCUAUAUAUAGUGGUGCUAAUAGCAAUAGGAAUACCCCCUGCUGUUUAAAACACUAUAAUUACUAUUCCCUGGACAUUUAAACUUAGGAUGGUGAGAAGCCUAGCGAUCUAAGGCUUCCUCCAUCAGUCCAUUAGUAUAAAAGUCACACUAUGUGGAUGCUCACAUAACAAUAUAGAGGAGGGCAGAGGCUGCUCUCUAAUUAGGAGAUUUAGGCGGCCGCAUAAGGCCUCGCGCUUGCUGGGGCCUCGCGGCCGCCUAAAUCACCUUAGGGCAGACUGAACUGUCGGGUCCUCCGUUAAUGCCCGAGGACCCGACUGUGAGAGGGGGUCCGGUGGCUUGCCCAGUAUGCCGCCGGGUGGCCCCUCCACAUGGUCUGCCCACAGGGAGAGCCAGCCUCUGAUCUGCAGCUCCACCGAGUGCAGAGCUGCAGAUCACAUAAUGUGGUUCUCGCGAGCACAUAGAGCGUUGCCGCGGGUUACCACAGCAACCCUCUGACAGGCGCUCGCGAGAACAAGGUCUGCAGCUCUCGCGGAGCUGCAGACGGAACAGUUAUCCCACCGGACCACCAGGGACUGCUGUCACUGGACCACCAAGGACUUCAACCACCAGGGAAUUAUAUUACAAAACAAGGUAUUUUAGUGUGUGGAGGCUUGUCACAGCCUCCACACACACUGUCCCCAACACUGCCCACCCACCCUCACUGCCCCAACACUGCCCACCCACCUGCCCUCCCACCCUCACUGCCCCAACACUGCCCACCCACCCUCACUGCCCUGCCCACCCUCACUGCCCCUCCCACCCUCACUGUCCACCCACCCUCACUGUCCACUGCCCACCCUCACUGCCCCCACCCUCACUCUCCUGCCCCACCACUGCCCACCCACCCUCACUGUCUCCCACCCUCACUGCCCCAACACUGCCCACCCAAUUCCUCACUGCCUCAACACUGCCCUCCUCACUGCCCCGACACUGCCCUCCCACCCUCCCUGCCCACCCACCCUCAGUCUCCAACACCUGCCCUCCUCCCACCCUUACUGCCCUCCCCACCACUGCCCACUCCACCCUCACUGUCCCCACAUACACUGCCCCAUCAUUGCCCUCCCACCCACUGUCCCAACACUGCUCCUCACCCUCACUGUCCACCUACAUACACUGCCCUCCCACCCUCACUGCCCACCUACAUACACUGCCCCCAAAUUGCCCUCCCAUCCUCACUGCCCCCCACCCAUACUGCCCCCACACUACCUCACACCCCCACUGACCACCCACAUACACUGCCCUCCCACCCACACUGCCCUGCUCCCCACAUACCCUGCCACACACAUACCCUGCCCCAACAUACACUGCCCCGCCACCCACAUACCCUGCCCCCACACUGCCCUGCCAGUCACAUACCCUGCCCCACACGCUGCCCUGCCCACCACAUACACUGCACCCACAUUGCCCUGCUACCCAUAUACCCUGCCCACCACAUAUUCUGUCCCCACACUGAUGACCAUCACAUACACUGCCCCCCACACUGAUGACCACACUGCCCCCCACACUGACCACCACAUACACUGCCCCUAUAUACCCUGCCCACCACAUAUUCUGUCCCCACACUGAUGAUAUGCAUACACCUUUACACUGAUGACCACACUGCCCCCCACACAGAUACUGUCCCCCACACUGACCACCACAUACACUGCCCCCCACUAACCAUCACACUGACCACCAUAGACACUGUCCCCCACAUUGACCACCACAUACACUGCCCCCACACUAACCAUCAGACUGACCACCAUAGACACUGUCCCGCACAAUGACCACCACAUACCCUGACCCCACAUAACCUACCCCCCACAUUGACCACCACAUAACAUGCCCCCACACACCCUGCCCCCCACACUCUCUCCCACACACUCUGCCCCCACACAGUUUCUCACACGAAAUGUCCCCCACUGUCACACACCCUGCCCCCCACACUGUCACCAUCCUCCACACUGCUACCCCACACUGUCAUCUUCCUCCUCACUGUCACCCACUGACACUCUGCCCCCAAAACUGUCACAUUCCUCCACACUGCUCUCUCACCCUGUUACCCUUUCACACACUUGCACCCCAUAUUGUCAGCCCCCAACACUAUGUCACCAAUACAUACAGUCACCCCUCCCACACACUGCCCGUGCACACACUGUCACCCUUUCCAACACUGCCUCCCACACUCUCACCUACCCACCAUCAUAAUUCCACACACAUACAGCCACCCCCCACACUGUCACCCUGUCAGGAUACUGACAGGGAUCCAAUACGCAGAGUGCGGACAGAAGGAGGUACGUAUACCGGACCUUAGAAUGGCCGGACUAACGUAGGGACAAAGCAGAAUAGUCAAAAGGUAAGCCGAGGUCGAGGGAGCCGGAGGACAGGUAAGCGAGAUACAAGCCGAGUCAAAGGAGAGGAGAGGACAACAGGACAAAAGACAAGCAAGGGUCAAAACCUGAAACACAAGAUAAAGAACGCGCUGAGUGACUAGCAAGCUAGAACCACGACAGGGCAAUGAGCAGUAGUAAAGGUUUCCUUUAAAUACCCUGUACCUAAAUAGAGACCACGCCCCCAAAAGGUCCGGAAUAGCGGUUCUCGGCACUUUAUGCAAAUGCCGACGUCAUGACGUCGACGCUAGCCGUCGCGUCAUAAAAGGGGGAGGAGCUAGCGCGGCCGGCGCGAAAACGGCCGGAAUAUGCCGAAAUGCUAGGGGCAGGGAGCCCCUAAACAGAGAGGAUGUCUUCCCUGGAUUCAGCACCAACAGGUACCCUGACAGUACCCCCCCUUCUAGAAACGCCCACCGGGCGGAUGGGACCGGGCUUAGAAGGAAAAUGAACGUGGAAUGCCCGAAGAAGACGAGGGGCAUGCACGUCUAUACCAGGAACCCAAGACCUCUCUUCUGGACCAUAACCUUUCCAGUCUAUGAGGUAUUGCAGCUUCCCCCUAGAAAUACGAGAAUCAAGGAUGGACUUGAUGAUAUAUUCCUCCUGACCAUCCACACGGACCGAGGAUGGAGGAGCAGAGCGGGAGGAAAAUCUGUUACAAACAAGAGGUUUCAAUAACGACACAUGAAAAGAGUUAGGGAUGUGUAGAGUAGGAGGUAGAUCCAGCAAAUAAGAAACCGGGUUGAUCCUCCUCAGCACCCUGUAAGGACCAAUGUAACGAGGAGCAAACUUCAAGGAAGGGACUUUCAGGCGAAUGUGUCUGGUACACAACCAGACCCUAUCACCCGGAGAAAAAAUAGGAGCAGGCCGCCUACGCCUAUCAGCAUGUGACUUAAACACCGCGGAACUACGUUCAAGAAUUUGUCGAGUCUGAUCCCACAACUUUCUCAGGUUGGCUAUAUGAAUAUCAACCGACGGUAUACCCUGGGAAGGAGACACCGACGGAAGAACAGUAGGGUUAAAGCCAUAGUUCAAGAAAAAGGGGCUGUUACGAGUGGAACCACAAACAAGGUUGUUGUGAGCAAACUCCGCCCAAGGAAUCAGACCGACCCAGUCAUCCUGGUGUUCAGAAACAAAACAACGUAGAUAUUGCUCAAUUUUUUGGUUAGUGCGUUCGGCUGCUCCGUUAGAUUGAGGAUGAUAGGCCGAAGAAAAAUUCAGUUUGAUGCCCAACUGGGAACAGAAGGAUCUCCAAAAACGGGAAAUAAAUUGGGAACCCCUGUCUGACACAAUCUCAUUGGGAAUACCAUGUAAACGGAAAAUUUCUCUAGCAAAUAUCACGGCCAGUUCAGGAGAGGACGGAAGUUUAGGCAAGGGAAUGAAAUGAGCCAUUUUAGUAAACCUGUCAAGGACCGUGAGGAUAACCGUAUGCCUACUGGAAGCUGGUAGAUCAACAAUAAAAUCCAUAGCCAAACAAGCCCAAGGUUUGUUGGGAACGACUAAGGGCUGCAAUAAACCACAAGGGAGAUCCCGCGGAAGUUUAUUCCUGACACAAACAUUGCAAGCCUUGACAAAGUCUUCCACAUCCCUACGUAAACCGGGCCACCAGAAGUCUUUGGAGAUCAGGCAGUAAGUUUUGUGGAUGCCGGGGUGACCAGCGAACUUGCUAUCGUGAAAACAGCGAAUAAUGUCCACUUGGAAUUUGGGAGACACGAACAAGCGGCCCACAGGAGUACGUUCGGGAGCAAGAGAUUGUUCGUUCAUAAUAUCAGCGAGCAAUGGAGAGUGUAUUUUGACAUUGGUGUUGGCGAUAAUAUUGACUUCAGGAAUAAUAGGGAACAAAGUGUCCUCUGUAGAGGUGAUAGGUUCGUGCUGACGUGACAAAGCGUCUGCCUUAGUGUUCUUAGAACCAGGCCUGUAAGUAAGCAUAUAAUUAAAGUGUGUAAGGAACAUAGACCAACGUGCCUGCCUGGCAGAUAAUCUUUUGGCCUCCCCCAUAUACGAUAAAUUUUUGUGGUCAGUCAAGAUGGUAACUGGGAGGACAGUGCCCUCUAACAAAUGUCUCCAUUCCUUUAAUGCCAUAAUGAUAGCUAAAAGUUCUCUAUCACCAAUGUCAUAUCUCCUUUCAGUGUGUGAUAGUUUCUUGGAAAAAAAACCGCAAGGGUGCAGCGGCUUAUCUAAACUUUGUCUUUGGGACAACACUGCGCCUAUCCCUGUUUCAGACGCAUCAACUUCAAGUAAAAAGGGUAGAGAGGUAUCAGGAUGAACUAAUACAGGUGCUGAGGCAAAAGACUGUUUGAGCGUUUCGAAAGCAGAUAAAGCCUCAGUAGACCAGGUUUUGGUAUCGGCUCCUUGUUUGGUCAUAUUAGUGAUAGGAGCGAUAACAGAGGAGUACCCUUUAAUAAAACGUCUGUAAUAAUUAGAAAAUCCAAGAAAUCUUUGUAUGGCUUUGAGUCCCUUAGGUAAAGGCCAAUCUAAAAUCGAUUUUAGUUUGGUCGGGUCCAUCAUAAACCCGUCUUUGGAAAUUACGUAACCUAAGAAAGUUACCUGAGACUGGUCAAAGCUACAUUUUUCCAAUUUACAAUACAAUCCAUGUUGUAAAAGUUUCUGUAAUACCUUUCUGACUUGUCUAUGAUGUGAAUUAAUGUCUCUAGAAUGGAUUAGUAUAUCAUCCAAAUAUACAAUUACACAUUCAUGUUGGAAUUCUCUAAGAACUUCAUUGAUUAAGUCUUGGAAGACGGCCGGGGCGUUACAAAGCCCAAACGGCAUUACGGUAUACUCAUAAUGCCCGUAACGGGUAUUAAAUGCUGUCAUCCAUUCAUCUCCUUGUUUAAUUCGCACUAAGUUAUAUGCUCCUCUCAAGUCAAGUUUGGUAAAAAUACUUGAGCCCUUUAGUCUGUCAAAGAGUUCAGUAAUCAAAGGAAUAGGGUAAGCAUUCCUGAUAGUAAUUUUGUUCAAUCCCCGAUAGUCUAUACAAGGACGUAAGGUACCGUCUUUCUUUUCUACAAAAAAGAAACCCGCCCCCGCCGGAGAAGAAGACUUUCUAAUAAAUCCUUUGUCUAAAUUCUCCUUGAUGUAUUCCUCUAAAACUAAGUUUUCCUUGGUGGAUAGAGGGUAUACCGUACCCCUGGGAGGCAUAGUACCAGGGAAAAGUUUAAUAGAACAGUCAUAAGACCGGUGGGGAGGUAAAGUAUCCGCCUUACCCUUGUCAAAUACAGAUUUGAGGUCUAGAUAUUGUAGUGGUAUCUGAACGUCAGUGGAUUGAGAAGUGUUAGCAUAAGAGUUUACGGGGCAAACAGAAGUAACUCUCUGCAGACAUGCUUUCCUACAACCCAUACCCCAAGAAACGAUUUCUCCACCCUCCCAGUCAAUCUGAGGGUUGUGUCUCUUGAGCCAAGAAUAUCCUAGUACUACUGGGACUGCCGGGGAGGAAAUUAACAGAAGGGAAAUCAACUCCUCGUGGAAAAUACCAACAGUAAGCUUAACGGGUUCGGUCUCAUGGAAUAUUACUGGUUCAGAUAAAGGUCUACCAUCUAUGGCCUCAACGGCCAAGGGUGUAUCUCUCAAUUGGAAUGGGAUACAAUGCUUAUUAGCGAAAGUUUGGUCUAUAAAGCUUUCUGCUGCUCCAGAAUCUAAUAAUGCCAUCGUAGCAAUAAACCCCUUUUCCCAAGCUAGAGAGACAGGAAUCAGAAGCCUAUGGUCUUUUUUAUUAUGCAUAGAGGACAGUAAUGAAACACCCAAGGCCCGUCCUCUAAGGGAACUUAGGUGCGAGCGUUUCCCGGACGAUUAGGGCAACUAAGACGUAGGUGACCUCUCCGCCCGCAGUAUAAACAGAGACCCUCCCUUCUUCUGUACUGUCUCUCAGCCUCAGAUAAGCGAGUAUUACCUAUUUGCAUAGGUUCUGGUGGAGUAGGAUUAUAGGAGUCAGGGUUCUGAAAUGAGGGAGCGAGUCUUACAGGAAGUCUAGUAACUCUUUCCCGAGUGUUCUGCCUCUGUCUCAUGCGUUCAUCUAUUCUGGAAAUGAAGGAUACUAAAUCCUCUAAAUUUUCCGGAAGUUCUCUUGUGGCAAUUUCAUCUAGAAUUUCAUCAGACAACCCAUUCAAGAAUACAUCCAUAAAAGCUUGUUCGUUCCAUUUCACUUCUGCUGCCAAUGAUCUAAACUCUAGAGCAUAUUCUACAAGGGUCCUAUUCUGUUGUUUAAGGCGUAACAGGGAUCUGGCCGCAUUAAUCUUCCUUCCUGGGGGGUCAAAGGUUCUUCUAAAAGCCGUGACAAAAGCAGUGUAGUUGUAGACUAAAGGAUUGUCAUUCUCCCAAAGGGGAUUGGCCCAUCUAAGUGCUUUAUCUAUUAGCAGGGUUAUAAUAAAGCCUACCUUAGCCCUGUCAGUGGGGUAAGCCCGGGGUUGAAGUUCGAAAUGUAUGCUUAUCUGGUUUAAAAAACCACGACAAGCAUCAGGCGAACCCCCAUAUCGUAAUGGUGAAGUGACAUGGGAAGAUGCGCCUACAGUGGCUACUUCCAAACCAGUACUUAGCGAGUGGCUGGCAGUGGAACGUAUUUCUUCAGACUGGGUACUGGAGCGUGUUAACAAAGUUUGUAAUGCUAAAGCCAUUUGGUCCAUUCUAUGGUCCAUGGCCUCAAAUCUGGGGUCAGGAGGACUAGCACCUGCAGGAUCCAUCAUGGCCCUGUCGUAAUGUCAGGAUACUGACAGGGAUCCAAUACGCAGAGUGCGGACAGAAGGAGGUACGUAUACCGGACCUUAGAAUGGCCGGACUAACGUAGGGACAAAGCAGAAUAGUCAAAAGGUAAGCCGAGGUCGAGGGAGCCGGAGGACAGGUAAGCGAGAUACAAGCCGAGUCAAAGGAGAGGAGAGGACAACAGGACAAAAGACAAGCAAGGGUCAAAACCGGAAACACAAGAUAAAGAACGCGCUGAGUGACUAGCAAGCUAGAACCACGACAGGGCAAUGAGCAGUAGUAAAGGUUUCCUUUAAAUACCCUGUACCUAAAUAGAGACCACGCCCCCAAAAGGUCCGGAAUAGCGGUUCCCGGCACUUUAUGCAAAUGCCGACGUCAUGACGUCGACGCUAGCCGUCGCGUCAUAAAAGGGGGAGGAGCUAGCGCGGCCGGCGCGAAAACGGCCGGAAUAUGCCGAAAAUGCUAGGGGCAGGGAGCCCCUAAACAGAGAGGAUGUCUUCCCUGGAUUCAGCACCAACAGGUACCCUGACACACCCCCCACGUGCUGUCAUGCUCCCUUCACCCAGCCUUGCUCACAUUAACAUCUCCUAAUCUUGUCGCUCUCACCCCGUCCAUCCAUACCACAAUUACCGGGCCCUCGCUCUUCUACACUCACCCUAUCACAUUAAUCCCCCUAAUCCUAUCACACUCAUCUUCUCUCAUUAUGUCACACUCACCCCCAACCCUGUCACACUCAUCCUUUUUCACAUUAACCCUUUCACUUGGGCCCAGCCAUGCCACACUCAUCCUGUUACAUAAUCCUGUCCGACUCACUUUCCCUCGCCUUGUCACACUCCCUCCUCCAGCCGUGCAACACAUAACCCAUAACCCUGUCAAACUCAUCCCCCUUCACCCUAUCACAUUAACUUCUGUCCUGUCACUCAUCCUGCCAAGCCACGCCACACUCACCCUGUCACAUAACCCUCCCUCACCUCCCCUUCGCCCUGUCACACUUUCUCCUUCAACUGUGCCACACUCACCCCAACAGUGAAUACAGAGACUAGCUCUCUGUAUCCAGCGCUGCAAGCCUGUCAUACAUUAUAACAGCUCAUUAUACACACGACCCCUAUAUGUUUUUUUACUAUGAGUGUUAGUGGGGGGCCUCUUGUUUGAGUUUCGCCUAAGGCCUCAUAAAGUCUAGAGCCGCCACUGGAGUAGGGAUUAUACAUAAUUGACCCUCUAUAGUAUUAAUAGAGUGUAUACUGAAGCUAGUUGGUUGCUAAAUUCUAAACUCAAUGUGACUCACACUAUGAAAAGUGAGACAGAAAAAGUUCCAGUAUAACAAUGUUCUUAUGCUGAGUAUAAUAGAGUAUAGAAAAAAAAUCACCAUUUAGGGUUUAGGUUUAACUAUUAAUACUGAGUGGUCUUAAGUAAUGACAACCAUUUAGAUCAGCCAUAUAAUAUAAUCAGGUCAAAACCGGUUGGGAUCUAUGCAACUAAUUAAUGAAAAAUAAAAUAAACUUUAUUUACAUAUAAACAUAUUUACAGACAGCGAUUAAAAUAAGGUAGAACAGGUGGGUAUAUAUAUUCUGUUGAUGGAAAUACCUACAAGUCUACAGAAAUGAUGAAAAUGAAAAACCUUCGUUUAGUCCCUGUGGUGAAAGUGUUUUCAGUUUAUAUAUCCAGUAAGAUUCUCUUUGCUUUAGCUUACGAUCCCAAUCCCCUUUGCGUUGGGUUUGGGUUAUGAGUUCUAUGCCCAUAAAGCGUAUCUUACUGGAUGAGUUGGCAUGAUGUGCCUUGAGAUGCCUUGAGAUGGGAGUUUCCAAUUUCCUUCUAACUGAAUUGACAUGUUCUCUAAUACGGAACUUAAAAGGACGGAAGGUCUUUCCGACAUAAUUCCGCAGGAACGUGUCAAAAGAUAAAUCACUCCGACACUUGAAGAAGGUCUGUACAGAAUGAAGGUCCUGGUUCAAACUGUCAGAAAAAACCCUGGUUUCCUUGGCUAUAUAUUGGCAGGCACUACAAUGGCCACACCUGUACGUGCCUUUAGGUAGAUAUAGUUUAGGAGAACUACUGGGGGGGCCAAAAUGACUAGGUACCAGUAGGUCUUUAAAGUUCUUCCCUCUUCAUGCCGUAACAGAAGGGAAUGGUGAGAUAACUGACUUAAUAUGAACAUCUGAUGUCAGAAUUGGCCAGUAUCUACCAAGGAUUAACAACAUUGUAUGCCAACCUGCAUCAUACGUCCCAAUACAUCAAAUCUGAUGGCUUGGGAGUGAAGUUCAAUCCUGAAGAAGGUUCACUCUAUCCGAGUUCAGUGCCCUAGAGUAUGCCCUUUUAAGGACUCUAUUGGGGUACCCUUUAUCUUUGAAGGAUUUUUGUUGGCUGCCAGCCUUUAUUUUGAAAUCUUUAAGGGUUGAACAAUUUCUGUGCAACCGCAGGUACUGCCCAAUCGGGAUAUCUGCGUUAGAGGGGUAAGGGUGGUAACUAUCCCAAUUAAGAAAGCUAUUUGUAGCUGUUUUUUUACUGUACAAUGUUGUAGAGAUUCGACCAUCCUCUUGUAGUGACAGGGUAAUAUCUAAGAAGUUUAGAUGUUUACCCCCAACCUCGCUGGUAAAAUGUAGAUUCAGUUCGUUCACAUUCCACAGCCGUACAAACUCGUUAAAGUCAUCUACUGAACCCAGCCACACUAUGAGCACAUCGUCGAUGUAACGUUUCCAACAAUGUAUUUGUGUCAGAUAUUGGGUCAGACGCUCAUCAAUUUGGAGAUUGUUUUCCCAUGUGCCCAAGUACAGGUUCGCGUAUGAAGGGGCGCAUGAGGUGCCCAUUGUCGUGCCCAUAAUCUGAUGGUAAAUCACACCAUUAAAGAGGAAGACAUUUUUGGUAAGCACAAAGCUAAGAAUUUUGCAGGCGAAGUCUAUGUACUCUGGAGAGAAUUUAGACUAUAGCUGUAAAGUGAGUCUAAGGUUCUAAAUCCCUAAGGUGUGUGUGGGAUGGAACUGUAGAGAGAUUCUACAUCACAACUAUACAAUAGUGCCUCCUUGGGUGCAGUAGUGCUCUCUAUAAGUUGUAGCAUUUGUUUUGUAUCCCUCACAAAGGAGGGAAGUGUUGAUACAAGUGGGGCCCAUUAUCUUGUCAAGGUAUAUGCUCAUAUUUUGAGUCAAAUUACCUAUGCCAGAGACUAUCGGUCGCCCAGCAGGGUUAGUCAUAGACUUAUGAAUUUUCGGGAGACUGUAAAACAUGGAUGUCAUGGGAUAUCUUGUGAACAUAAAUUCAAACUCAUCUUUUGUAGUGAGUUUAUUAUCAAGUGCUUGAGAUAAUAAGCUUUUCACUUCAAUAAUAUAUUCACUAGUGGGAUCAUUUUGUAAAGUUUGGUAUGUCUUGGUGUCACUCAAGAGACGGUUAACCAUGGAUAUGUAUUGAGGGCGAUCCAUUACAACUAUGUUUCUUCCCUUGUCGGAGGGUUUGAUAAUUAUAUUCAUAUUGGUGCGUAGGGAUUUUAGAUUUCCGCUAGACUUAAAAUCCAGAUCAUUAGAGUUUAUUUGUUCAAUAUCCCUACAUACCAUUUCCAAGAAUACUUCCACACUUUUGUAAUCCUUAAAAUGAGGUGUAAAUGUGCUCUUAGGUUUUAAAUCUGUUAAGGGUACAUUAGCUGGUCUCGCAUCCUCAUUACAUUGUAAUAACUCAAUCAACGUAACUAAGUCUUGUGCUUUCUGUUCUUUCCUAAUAGUGUAGUAUUUGAAUAGGGCCAAUUUGCGGGCAAAAAGAUGUAGAUCCUUGGUCCAAAUAAAUUUAUUAAAUGGAGGAAUAGGCACAAAAGUAAGGCCUUUCUACAGGACUGAAAUUUCUGUCUCUGAUAGAGUGAAAGAGGAAAUAUCUACAAUUUUCAAAUCAUCAGGACCUAAUUUCGGUACCUCCAUUGGCCCCUGCUCCUUUGAGACUGCCUGGUACUUGGGCCUUUGAGUUCCUUGGCCUGUCUAAAAAAUCCACCCCUUAGCGUACUAUGCUUUUAGGGGCUGGAGGUUGGGAGAUUUGGAUGGAAGAGGUGGCCAGGUCAUGCUCCUCAUUGUCAGUUGACUCAUACUCUGAAGUGCUGAACCGGUCAGAGUCCGUCCUUACUCUUUUUUUAAAAUGACGGUAUACCCUGCCAGUCUCAAAGUCAGUAGAAUCUCUUAAAAUGUUCUGAUGUUUUUUGGUCUUAAUUUGGUAUGAGAACUUGUCUAGAUUGUUUUUAAGCUUAACUUCAAGACUCAGAGGGUCUGUAUUAUAUUUUUGGACCGCUUCUAUCUCAGUGUCUAGUUCCUGCUGUAUCUUAGUAAGUUGUAAGUUCUCAUACUUACAAAUAAUGGACAUUAAUGUUGUGAAUCAUUUAGACGCUGCCUCCUACCAUUCCUUAUUAAAGCCUUGAAUUUCUAUAUUCCUAAAAGGGGGUACGAAAACUCUUAGCCCUCUCGGGAUGAUUUGUUUAGCAAUAUACGUGUUUAGGGUAGAAAUUUCCCAACUAGUCUUAAUUUGUUUUUUGAAAGUCCUGGUUAGCUUAUUAAAACUUGUAUGUAUAUUGAGGGAAAAAGAGGAUGGGAGGGAGGUACUAUUCGAAAACACAACAUCAGCAUCUAUACACCACUGUUGAGCAUCCAUUUUAUUGGACAGAAAACCUGCCAUUUUGGAUAUGUUAAUAAACAGGGGACAAAUAAUACAAAGUAGACUAGGUACAGUGAUGGUAGGCUAAAUGGUGCAAUAACACGUUAGGCAGACAAAUGGAAUCCUGUAAACUAAAUGGGGUGUAUUCAUGCUGAAACGCGCGUCGAGCGUUUUCUUUCUUUAUUAUUUUUAUUUUACACUAGGUAGCACUUAGGUAGUCAGUAUGUUGGGUUAAGUCAGUUAGUUUACCAGCUUGUAUAGGAUUUUUAGGCAGGCAGCUUUGUCUACACUGGGUCUGUCUACCCCAUUUAGUUUACAGGAUUCCAUUUGUCUGCCACUACAUUUUUUUUUUUUUGUUACUAGCUCUUAUCAGUCCACUCAGCCUGUGUAUCCUGAGAUCUAGGAGGCCUUACCAUUUAUAUUGUGAGGAAUGGUUGGACCCAUUUUUAAUCUCUCACCAUACAUUGUGUCAUUUUUUGUUGUGGAUUUUGGGGAUAUUUAAUCCCUCUCCAAUAGAUAGUAAGCUGUGGGUGGUAUAAGGUGAAGAUAGGGUUUACUUUGUCUACUCACUUCCACCUUUACCAUCCUUUUACCCAUUUACAUGUGACCCCCCCUUCUCUCUCCUAUUAUCUGGUAAUCACAUAUUUUUCUGCUGUGUGUUCAGAGCUACUUUUGUGAUCCCCUUGUUUCAAGGGUCUCUUCAUUUUAUUAACUAUGUAACUUGUUUUUGUUGACCAACAGUUACAUUGGACGGGUUGGCUGAAGCUAAAUUGUAAACAAAACUGAAAUUCUAUAAAUGAAACAAAAGUAAUAAAUAUAUAAAACAACUAAGAUUUCGACUAUGUUAACUCACUUUGGAGGUGGCUCUGCAACACCUGUUACUAAGUUCAUCUCCCCUAAAUAUGUUGAUUGGACCCCUAAUGUGUCUAUGGGCACAUUAAAGGGACAUUAUAGUCACCAGAACCACUAAGGUUUAAGGUAGUGGUGACUGUAGUAUGUCCAUGCAGGCUCGGCAAUAUAAACACUUUUAUAGAGAAAAAGCAGUGUUUGCAUUGCUUCCUAGGGUCUGAAUGACUGCCACUAGAUGUGCUUGUUAGUUCAGUGCUGAACUGUGUGCAGCACAUACAGUCAGCAUCUCCACGCUAUGCACAGAGAUACUGAACGCUUCCCAUAGAGAUGCAUUGAUUCAAAUUGGAGAAUAAAACAACCUUUUUACUCCACAGAGAGGGGGUCCGGAGAUCUAAGCAUCUAAGCCAACACUAUAGUUUCAGGAAUACAUUUUUAUAUUCCUAACACUAUAUUGCUCCUUUAAGGGUUGUUGUAGCCCUGACUAACAGUUGACUACUCAGGACUGCUGCUUCGCGGUGCUCUCCACACAAUGCCACUAGUGCAGCCAAGCACAAUACUAGGUACUUGAAUAACCAAGAGUAUAGACAUAUUAUAGAUAAAUAACAGACAGUAUAGACAUAUUAUGGACAUAUAACAGACAUUAUGGACAUAUUAUAGAGUUUAGUUGACCAUUGAAUUUGCUAAAUAAACCUCUAUCGCACAGGAUGGGUAAGGAGUGAAGUUGGCAAAGAAGCCAUGGACCCCUUUUUCUGCUUGAUUUAUUAGAAAAACUCUCAUUGUACCACAUAUUGCACGCGACACUUGUUGUUAGAGGCGUCUUGAGACCCUCGGACAAUUUUGCAAAUCUUACUGAGCUUUGGACACUAUUUUAUCAGGGGUACUUAGCUCCCACUUGGUUAAAAGGAUCCAAUUAGUAUUUCUUCUCAGUUUGUGACAAGCUGGUUACCAAUCUGCAAUACCCAACUUGUCCAGCAAAAUGUGAACAAAUAAAAUCUGAAAACUUGGGGCAAAAGCAAGUGGCAUCAGCUGAUAACAUAUAACUGAGCUCUGCUUUUCAUUUCUCAUAGGUGGACUUAAAGGGGCAAACUUAGCACCAUAACCACUACAGCCUGUUAUAGUGAUUAUGAUGCUAAGAAACUACAGGUUCAUAAUCCCUUGAUUCUGGGUCACAUUGUAUUUUGAGUAGUGAUUAUGGUGCUUACUUUUACUUUGGAGCAAUGGGACAGGUAACUGCUAGUGUGAACUCUGAUCUCUGCUCUUCAAAACCACUACAUCCACAAAAAAGAGGGCCUUCUCACCACAAAUUACAUCUGCGCUGCUGUGCUGGAGCCUCAUUAUUACGAAUGUUGUGUGGAUAUGUCAUAAAUAAACUUUGCUGGGUGCAGCUGCAACAAAAAAAUGUUUAUGCCAACUGCAUGCUGGCAGGUUUAAUCAUGAACCCAGAUUUUGCCGCAAUGGCAGUUCUUCUAUUUACUGAAGCAGGGGUAGGCACCCUUCAUCACUGCAGAUGUUGUGGAAUACAUCUUCAAUAAUGCUCUUGUAGCCUUAAUGCUGGCAAAGAAUACGUUCACAACAUCUGGAGUGCUGAAGAUUGCCUGUACUUAGGCCAAUUAAGCCUGCGCAAAUCUGCAGCAAUCGAUCAGAUGCAUUCGGUGUGCGGAUUAAAAUCAGUGCUUUCGCAUUCUAAAUAUUCACAAAGCACCGGUUUUAAUUCAAUUCGGAACCAAACUUUCUCAAAUUGUUGUUUACAUGUUUUUUUUGCAAGUGAAUGAUAAUUCUAUUUGCCCAUCGGCAGCACUAACAGCCUGCAGGCAAAUAGUAAAAAAAACUUGUCGGUGUGAGGGUUAAUAUGUGGCAGCUUGCCAGCACCACAUGGCAGAUAGAGGCAUAUCUGCUAAAAAUUAGGGUGAGGGUGGUAGGUAGGGUUUUUAAUUUUAAUGGAAUGUGGCUAGCCAACUGGGGGCCCCAUAUCAGUAUUUGGGAGGUGGGGGUAGACAUUGACUCUUUGUAUAAUUAGUUUGUGAUUGAAGCAUUUCUCAUGAUGCUCAUUUAACCUAAAAGGCUUCCCUGCUUUAGUGUUAUACUGGUGGUAGGUAUAUUUUAUUUACCAAAUGAUGGGUUUGUGCACUCUGUUCUGGCAUAACUUGUGGGUACUGUUUCAGUAAAUAUUAAGCAAAUUGCAAGCUAUCCAAAUGUCCUGGAUGUUCCUAUAUGCUGCUGCUAGACAUUAAUGAUGAUUUAUGGUCAUGGAGCUUUCACUGCUGCAGAUGAGUUGCACAAUGCUGUCAGACCUAACUAGCUGUUUGCAAUGUACCCAGACAUGAAGAUAGAUUGCCAGGUGUACACACCAUACCGUUUUCUUAUUUACAAAAUGUGACAUGAUAGAGCUGCAUUAUGAAACAUUUUAUUAUUUUUCCUUGCUUUUACAUAAUGGUAUAAAUAUUCACGUCACAGAAAAUAAAAAAAAUAAAAAACAGACACCAGGCUUGAUAUGGCAGCGUGUUUAUUUGUUCUUGCAAUGACAUCAUGAAUUGGAAUAACCUUACAGGUCUAAAAAUGUCCUUCAAGCCUUCAGUAACCACCUGCAGCUUACUCACAUUAAUAACCAAUGGUGCACACAAUUCUGAUUAUUCUUUGAGAAUCCUGUCAGUGUUACACUUAUUUAGCUACUUGGGUGGUGAUUCACCAGUAAUGAAUAUACACACAUAUAUCCAAGAAACCAUGAAUAUAUAUAUAUAAUUAUGUUAUUACUUUUUUAUGUAUAUGAAAAAUAGGAUGAAGCCAAAUGAUAGUUUUUGAUAGUAUAGUGCAGGGGUGGCCAAAAGGUAGAUCCCCAGAUGUUUUAAAACUACAAUUUCCAUGAUACUUUGUCAUUCUAAAAACAUUCUAAAGGCAUACAAAGCAUUAUGGGAGUUGUAAUUCUACAACAUAUACAUUUUGUGCAUCCCUGGUAUAAUGUAUGGAUAACAUAGUAUAUAGAUAAUGUGUGCUGCUAAAACCAACAUUAUGUAUGUUUUUUUUAGCCAUUCACACCACUUUAUUUAUUUAUCUGCUCUGUUAUUCCACAUCCCUUCGUGUACACACUAUACACUGGUCUCUCUGCAAAUGGUAGAAUGUGUUGUAGAGCAGUAAAAUAUGACCAGUCCCAAUAAUAGUGUUUCUAAUCACCCCACUCAUUGGGGUUUGGAGGAUGUUCUUUUGGGACUAGUGUGCUGUAUUCACCAUUGUCAGGCCCUGUCUGGUUGUAAUAAGCCAGAUCCCAUUUGCCUUUUUCUGGGAUGGAAAUCCUCUUAGUUCCAUAGGGUCUGUAUUAGGCUUAAUCUCCUCUUUGAGCUUUAACAGUUGACUAAUUGCUAACCCAUAUCGUUUCCUCACUUUGUUGUCAUUAAUGCUAAUUAAUAGGACUCUGGUCUGUAUGUCCUUGGUUUGUAUUCCCAUAUCCUUAUCUUUCUAUGUGUUCCAGUUGCAUAAUGGGAUCAGCUGGACACUGAUGGCAUUGCACAGACCGUGAUACUAGCAUGGGCAUGUAACUGACACUGUCAGGUGUAGGUGGCUGUAGCUGGCACAUCAAGUCGCCAACAUCUGUAGCACCUUAUAUGGUACCUGCAGUAGCAGCAUGCAAAUGUCACGGGUCUCAGCCACAUGUUUUCUCUAAUUGUUAAAGAUUUCCAAUAUAUGGUUGUUGUCAUGUCCCUGACAGAUUUGUUUAAGUGUGUUGUGUAUGUGUGGAGAUCACUGUGGCAGUAUAGAUACAUUUUUAGUGUGGUCCCUUCUUGUACCAGGAGCGUAGCUUUGUUAUAAUGUGUAGAGUCUCUGGGCACUGUUUUUUUUUUUUUUCUUGAAGCACACUCCAGUGUGAAUCACCUUGCACACAGGAUAUGGGAGUACAGAACAUUUUCAUGUAUUAUGUUAGAGCACUAUGUCCUUUAAUAUACAAAUAUAUAUUAUUAUUAUUAUUAUUAUUAUUAUUAUUAUUGCCAUUUAUAUAGCGCCAACAGAUUCCUUAGCACUUUACAGUAUUAUGAGAGGGGGGAUUUAACUAUAAAUAAGACAAUUACAAGAAAACUUACAGGAACGAUAGGUUGAAGAGAGCCCUGCGUAAACAAGCUUACAAUCUAUAGCAUAUAUACACACAGCUGACGUCAACUAAAAUAAUAUUUGUUUUAAAGCUGAAAACUUGUUUUUGAUAAGGUUACAUUUUACCUAGAUUACUAAGCAUCAUUGAAUUGUUUUAAUUUAAUACAUUGCUCCAAAGCUUCUGUGAAAAGUAGUUGUAAAACUGUGGCGAAAAAUUGCUAAACCUCCCCCAUAAUGUUUUAUUACGGAUGUGAUCACUGUAUUGUACUAUUUUCAGGUUUCUUACGUUCUGUUUUAUGGGCAUUGACACUUGAUUACAUGUUGGGAGACAGCAGUAACAACUUCCAAAUGUUUAAAUUCCACAUUUAGGAUCACAUCUAGACUUGUUAUUACUGAACUAAUGGUGCGACAACACACUCCUGACCAUACUAUUGGCAAAUUAUUUAUUUCUCACUAAAAUGGAGGCUCUUUGUCUAAAAGAAUGCUUAGCUCAGUGUUUAUGGAUGUAAAUAUCCUCAAACUAAAGGAACACUAUAAUGUCAGGAAUACAAAAAUUUAUUGUGUUUAACUAUUUAGGGAACCGUCCCCUCUUCGAUCACAAUAACAAGGUAAUUUUACUCACAUUUUCUCCCACUCCAGGCAAGUCUCCCCGCGCCUGGCCCCGUCUUGCUCUGCCUUCAUGGCUGGGAUCAUCAGUCUUGGUGAUAUCAGCCAAUCCAAUGCACUGGGAGGCAAUUGCGCAUGCGCAGUAAAAUUCUAUGCUGCACCAGUCAGCAUCUCCUCAUUGAGAUGGAUUGAAUCAAUGCAUCUCUAUGGAGUUCAUCAUCUUCAUGUUGAGUGUCGAGAAGCUGAACGCCAGUGCUGCACACUGCGCAGCACUGAGACAGGAAGCACAUCUAGUGGCCGUCUGAUGGCUGUACAAUACAGUGAUCACAUACGCAAUAAAACAUUAUGGAGGUGGUUUAUCAUUUUUUCGCCGCAGUUUUACAUCUAAUUUUCACAGAAGCUUUGGAGCAAUGUAUUAAAUCUGUCAAAUGUUUUCAUCUAUUACUUCUUUUUCUCUCUAACCGUCAUCUCUGAAUAUACAGGGCCUUGCAAAAGUAUUCACCCCCCUUUGCAUUUGUCGUGUUUUGUUGCCUCACAGCCUGGAAUUAACAUGGAUUAUUUGAGGAUUUGCAUCAUUUAAUUUACAGAACAUGCCUACAACUUUGAAGAUGUUAUUUUUAUUUUUUAUUUUUUUAUUGUGAAGCAAACAACAAAUGGGACAAAAUAACAGAAAAAGUCAAUGUGCAUAACUAUUCAUGCCCCUAAAGUCAAUACUUUGUAGAGCCUCCUUUUGCGGCAAUCACAGCUCCAAGUCGCUUUGGAUAAAUCUCUAUGAGCUUGCCACAUCUUACCACUGGGAUUUUUGCCCAUUCCUCCUUGCAAAACUGCUCCAGCUCCUUCAAGUUGGAUGGUUUGCGCUUGUGAAUCUUUAAGUCUGACCAGAGAUUUUCUAUUGGAUUGAGGUCUGGGCUUCGACUAGGCCAUUCCAACACAUUUACAUGUUUCCCCUUAAACCACUCAAGUGUUGUUUUAGCAGUGUGUUUGGGGUCAUUGUCCUGCUGGAAGGUGAACCUCCGUCCUAGCCUCAAAUCACGCACAGAGUGGUACAGGUUUUGCUCAAGAAUAUCCCUGUAUCUAGCACCAUCCAUCUUUCCCUCAACUCUGACCAGUUUCCCAGUCCCGGCUGCUGAAAAACAUCCCCACAGCAUGAUGCUGCCACCAUCAUGUUUCACUGUGGGGAUGGUGUUCUUUGGGUGAUGUGAUGUGUUGGGUUUGCGCCAGACAUAGCAUUUUCUUUGAUGGCCGAAAAGUUCAAUUUGAGUCUCAUCAGACCAGAGCACCUUCCUCCAUACAUUUUGGGAGUCUCCCACAUGCCUUUUCGCAAACUCAAAACGUGCCAUUUUGUUUUUUGCUGAAAGUAAUGGCUUUCUUCUGGCCACUCUGCCAUAAAGCCCAACUCUAUGGAGCAUAUGGCUUAUUGUAGUCCUAUGUACAGAUACUCCAGUCUCUGCUGUGGAACUCUGCUGCUCCUCCAGGGUUACAUUAGGUCUCUGUGUUGCCUCUCUGAUUAAUGCCCUCCUUGCUCAGUCCGUGAGUUUUGGUGGGCGGCCGUCUCUUGGCAGGUUUGCUGUUGUGCCAUGUUCUUUCCAUUUGGUUAUGAUAGAUUUGAUGGUACUCCUGGGGAAGCAUCAAAGAUUUGGAUAUUUUUUUAUAACCUAACCCUGACUUGUACUUCUCAACAACAUUGUCCCUUACUUGUUUGGAGAGUUCCUUGGUCUUCAUGGCAGUGUUUGUUUAGUGGUGCCUCUUGCUUAGGUGUUGCAGCCUCUGGGACCUUUCAAAAAGGUGUGUAUAUGUAAUGACAGAUCAUGUGACACUUAGAUUGCACACAGGUGGACAUCAUUUCACUAAUUAUGGGACUUCUGAAGGUAAUUGGUUGCACCAGAGCUUUUUAUAGGCUUCAUAACAAAGGGGGUGAAUACAUACGCGCAUGCCAAUUUUCUGUUUAAUAUUUCUAAAAAAUAGUUUUAUGUAUAUAUUUUUUCACUUCACCAACUUAGACUAUUGUGUUCUGAUCCAUCUCAUAAAAUUCAGAGUAAUAAAACAUUGAACUUAAGGCUGUAAUGUAACAAAAUAGGUAAAAAGUCAAGGGGGGGUGAAUACUUUUGCAAGGCACUGUACGCCACUACUGGCAAUGCAACAGUUUUAUCCAUUAACCUGUAGUGGUUCUCAUGACUAUUGUCUCUUUAAAGUUUACAGUCUGAACUUUGUUCUCUUAUUAACAGUUAAAAUCCAAAGUUCUCUAGUACAUAGCCAAAACAAAACGUGUGUCACCGUGUAAAUACAUAUAAACUGCAAUGUAUAUUGCAAAUAUGAAGCUCAGAUUGUUUUUCAGUGUGUCUAUUAUAUGUAAACAUGCCACUUUAUCACCUGCACUUUACUUCAUCCACAGCAGAUACUUGUCACAGUUCUGCCCUUGCUGCACAUCUUCUCUCGAAUAACGGAAUGCACGCGCUCCUCUAGUUAAUUGGAGCAUCACUCAAGAACCUUCUUCCUGAAUUAAGAAGUAGUGCCCUGGGCUCUUGGCAAAAAUGAGAAGGGUCGCAUAAAUUUGUUUUAAAAAAAUGAUUUUUUAAAAGUAUUUUUCAACAAAGACAAAAGCUUGUUAUAUUAAGGUAGAUCCUCACUGAAUUAACUGAUGGUUUGUUUGUACUGUUAACCAAAUGACAUUGAUUGUGUGCACUGUUACCAAACGUUAUUGAUUGUGUGCUGGGCUAUCAGCUAUGACUGAUGGUUUAUAUAAAAUGUUUGCACACAUCAGUGGUGGUUUUAAAUGUAGUGUUAUCAAACCUUUCAGAAAGAUUGCAAACAGUGUUAUCAAGUGCUAUUAAUGAUUAUUGGGUUGUGGAAUUAGACAAGGUGACUCUUUUCUAUCCACUAAAAGGCAAUGGAAUUAAUUAUUCCAGGUAACGCUAUAGUUACUGGCCUACAACUCGCUGUAACUGUAUGCUUGCCAUUAUACGAUUAUUAAUGUCACGUGUAGUCAAAUGUGGAUUUUUAGGUGGCUCAUUAAAAUGAUAUAUUUAUAUGAUAUAUUUAUAUACUAUACUAGCCCCUCAAUACACAAUAACAAAACCUGUUAACCUAGGAUUUAACUCUGUUGCAGACCGCUGUCCUAUCUCAUUUACGCUGUUUCUGAUCUAAUUGGACCUUAACCUAUUGACCAUUUAUCAUUUGGUUCUGUUUUGGAAGGUGUUGACUGAAUUGGACACUUUGUUUAUUUUAGAAAAAUAUCUUCACAUUUUCAAGACUCUUUUCUUAGGAUUUUGUAAGAGUCUCUGUUACUUGGAGUGCAGAACAAAGAAUAAUAUUUUAGUUUCCUCUCAUCUUUACUGGUAUCCUAUGAAGCGGAUCAAAUUAAAGAAAAACAGGUAAUGAUGGCAAUCUGGUUAUGUAUGGAGAGGUUUAGGGAAUAAUUAGAGCGUGGAUACAAUGGAAAAACAAACACACGACUGAUAGAAAUUGUCCCCAAACAAAGGUAACAGCUUUAAUUCAAUCAUGCCAGUAAACGCCAGUGCACAUUAUUACCGUGUUAGGUGCGUGAGACCUAAAGUGCACCUUGGCAGUUUAAUUAUUAUGUUAUAACACACACAUUUCUCAUUGUAAAAGGAUACUCGUGGCAAUUAUUGUUAAGCAAAUGGAAUAUAAUCCAAAGGUCGUGUUUUGUGCAAGAUUCAAAAAAUGUUUUUGUUUAUUGCAUUGAAACAUAGAACAAUUACAAAAAUCUAUAGCUACCGCAGUGAUAUCAGGCAGCAGGCACUAGUCCCUGCCAUUCCAGGCGAUGUAAACUACUGACAAAGCAUCUUGGGAGAUGUAGUUCAUACCAUUUGGAACGUCAACGGUUGCUGACGUUGAAGGGAAUAAAUUCUCUUUUCUGUAGUAAUCAACCUAUUAUAUCUUUGUAAUAGGAAAUACAAAAACAUAUUGAUGGUGCCUUAUAACAUUUUAGAACUGUUCAUGAAUCAAUUCUUUUUUGUUUUGUUUUUGUAAGCCAAUGAAGAUUUGAAGGGAUGAUUAUAUAAGUUAAAUAUAAAGAUUUAUUUGUUCUAGCUGUGGAUCAAGAUUGAGUUGGCUAGUUUCUCAAGCUUCAUGGUGAAAAAGUUAAUAACCUGCCGUAGCCCAUCAACUUUAAGCAGUUUAGGUCCAUAUAUCCGCAACGUUCUAGAGGUGGAAAACUAGUUCUCAUUGUGUUGCAGUGAUCAAGAGCCAGAGUAGAUGCAUAAGAGCAUUGCUUUCUUCUUGAACAAUGUGAUGACCAUGUUUGCUAUGUGGACUGAAUAAUCUAUUAAUUUUCUGUGAUAGUAGUGGCACAGUUCAUGUAACCUAUGUAAAUGGGGACCAAAAGGAGGCCAUCCCACCUCCUGUACAUUACUUCUGACGGAGUGCCAAACUGCUACAUUGCUUGCCUGCUGUUCUAACUGUUUCUUCUUUUCACUGUGAUACGACUUUCAUCGCAGCACUUCAAGAGACUGCUCUUUCAUUUUGACUGUUCUGCAUUCUGUUUGUCCUAACACAAGGAAUAGACCUGAGCACCGUUGCAUGCUAUUCUUUGUGUCUAGAACAGAAUAGCAUUGUGGACUAAUAGCUUUGUAGUUCUAUAAAUAUAACCCAGUUCAAGUUAUUAACAUAUUUUAGGAGCAUUGAAAACUGAAUUAUUCCUUUAAUCUCAGAGGAAACAAAAGUGUCAAAAUCGAUGGCAGUAAACCCAACUCUUCACCAGUAGAACCGCUCUGCAGGUCUUUCCCAUGAAUGUAGUUCAGUUAUAUUGUCAAAACCUUUGUACAGAAUGUCAUUGUUUUCCAAAGUUGUCUUAUUUAGUUUUCUUUUGUCAUUGGAGAAGAAUUCAGUGUCACUGCAGCUUUCUGUUGCAUCAUAAACCUCCUUUUCUUUUGCCCAAUUCUUUCUUUGUGUCUCUAAAUUAACGAGUGAUCCCAAUCUCUGCAAAAUCUGUUUAAGGUCUGACCAUGUCUAAUAAUAUUCAUCACUAUAACAAAGUAAUCAUGUAGUGUUUUUACUCCAAAGAGAAUUUAAAAGAUUGGCAAAAUCUCAAGGACUUUACUAAUUUGGCUGUUGAUCAUUUGUCUCACCAUUGGAUUUCAGUAUGAAUACUAAUCAAAAUUUGGAUGCAUCUAGUGUAGAUCAUAAUGUCUUCCUAUCCCUUGAAACAAGUCAAUAGUUGUGUAAGAUCCCUGUAGAUGUUAUCUGCCUACUGUCUUGCUCUGGUACACAUACAGGAUACUUAAAAACACUGGAACACUACACAUUUUCCACAAGAACCAAUAAGGCAUAUUGGAAACAGACGCACCAUAGGCACAUUGAAGUAUUGUAGGCACAUCUUUUAUUUAUUUUAGUAGCUACACUUUAACAAGUCUUCACUAUGCCCAUUCCCCUUGGUGUCCUGUCCUCUGCCUAUACUUCUAGUCCUCUGUAAUCACUGCGUCUCCCAACAGUGGAAGCCCUGCGUGUGGAGUGGCGCGAGGGGAGGUGCAGUGCUGCUCUUUACCAUCAGAGAAGGCUUCCUGUUGUACGAAGGUUUAUUCUGCGAGUCCCAACGGAGAGUCAAGAGUUCCUGGAGGUGACGAGUCUUCCAUUGCUGUUAUCCAAGGCUUCUGCCCCUGCCUGCUUAGCUUGCUACGUUAGAUUCCGUUUUCCCUCCCUUAUAAAAUGCUCUGCCCGGAAUGCGGUUGUAAUGCAUUGCUAUGCAAAUCGGCCAUAAAUAAGUUGUUCCUAAAUUGUAUUCAUGACAGUGGCAAAUUAUACAAAAAAAAACUAUAAAUAUAUAUUUCUAAAAAUAAAUAAAUGAAAAAUUACCUUAUACAACUGAAUUGUGAAAUAAAUAUUCAUAUACAUUGUAUUUUUUUCCCCCUUGUCUGGGUUCUGUAUUCAUCUGCCGUGUGAGAUAUAACAAAGCUGUGUUGGUUUAGUAAUGCUAUUCGUUUAAAUCGUACAGUUACAUUAUGCAUGAAAAAUAUGAAUUGAAUUUGUCAGCUUUACCUAUUACUGCUGGAAGAAUCCUUAAAAGCAUAGACUAGUUCAUAGUAGCUCCCUUUUUACAGGAACCCAAAUUACAUACAUAGCAUUAAUUUAGAGAGUUGACCUUUUAUUACCAUAACCUUUAUACUGGUCUUAUGGUUUCAGUGGCUGGUAAUAUGUUAUUUUAUAAGUACAUUUCAGCCACUCAAGUUACACAAAUCAAACUAACAGUGCAACAGAAAAUGAAAAUCAGAUUCAUGUAUUCUUACAAAACCACUUGCAUCUAAACAAAAACCCAGUAGUACCAUAGCAAACGCUCUUAUUUGAGACAUAUUAGAUUCCUGGGAAACACUAAAGUCAGUUGCUAUUUAUAUAUUAUAAAUAUAUGUAUAAACUAUGCAUAUUGUUUCAUCGUGUUCCCAUCAAUUUCAGGCAUCCUCGAACAUAGUUCCCAAAUGCAGCAAUAUGAAGAAAGCAACUGUAAUUGUGAGUGAGCCUGUCUGUGUGUUGCAUUCUACAGCAACUGGAAUGACAGGGAACAUAUCGAACAUUCCAACUGUUGAAGUACAAAAGACAAUAGAAAUAAACAAAUCUAUAACAUAAUAAUUGAGUAACGUAUAUAAUGCUAUCUCAGGGGUUCUGGAGAUAUGCAGACGAGUUGACCUUUCAUGGUUUAUGAUGUCUCCAGAACCCAUCAGUAGCAUCAUUUCCCAUAGUAUCUUUGUUAACAUUAAUUCAUGUAAUAUAUAUUGAAUCAAUAUCUACACUUGAGGGCCCUUCUAGUUAUCAAAGUUAUCUAGCAUGCCAUUUAGUUAUCAAAAAGGACUCCUUCUAAGAAGCAUAGCAGGAAAUGUUUCAGAUUUGAUAAAAUUAUGUAAGCUUGCCUGUUAAGAAGCAGGCUUAAAAACAAAACAAAAUUAGACGUAGUGAGGACAAAGUACCACCCUUCUAUGUAGAUCUGGAAGAAGAAUGCUUUCUCACUUAUCACAGGUCUGUCUCAGCGCAAGACACACAAAGCUUUAUUUUGGAUCUUUGCUUGGCAAACAAUACAAUCAUUGCGGUGAAAUGAAAUGAUGCAGUAAACACAUCUCUAUUAAACCUCAUUUGUCUUUUAUUGCAUUUUCCUUUCUUUCUCUCCCCCGUAUUUACUUUCUCUCUGUUCCCCACCUGAUGUUUUCUCGUUCUGUAUCCUGGGAGAUUAUGAUGAGGUUUCCAUAGAAAUUCACCUUAUUGCAGUUGGAUCUCAAAGCGAGUGUGUAGGAGGGGUGGGGAAGGUCUAGAUAGGAGAGCGUAUUAUCUUUUAUAAGUAGACAUUAUGCAUGACUGACAAUUGCGGUGCACGUUCCCUAGCCUUCUUACCCCUUGCAGAGCAUUUCACAGCAUGCAGUCUUGCAGCCUCUUUCUAGCAUUGCACCGCAGACCGGUUUUCUCUUAACUCUUUCUCUCUGACAGAGUUCUCUGUAUGCAGCACUAAUUACGUCUCCAGUAAUCGUAUGAAACAGCCAAAAGUCUAUGCAGCUUUGAGCAUUAGGAUAUGCGUCUAAAAAAGCAUCUUUCCUUAGUGCUUUGCCUUGGGUUAUAUGUUUGCAUUCACACUGCCUAUGACUAAUGUUUGAGGUGGGUUUUUUUUUCUACAGGCCGUAUCUCUUUUCCUCAUUAUAAUUAUCAUCUACUGUUAUUCGAAAUGUUCAAUGAGGGGUUCAUUUUCUCUCCCAAUGUUCUGCAUGCUGUUUUAAUGGCCUGAAAUUUGGACUCCCCAUUCUUCCUUCCUGGGUAUGUCAGUGUUAUGGAUUCUCUGAUUCAUACUCUCUCUUUUCCAUGUUUCCCAAUUGUACCAAAUCUAGCUUUCCUCCAACAUGAAUCAACUUCCAGAGAAGAGGUUGCAUCGAGUAUUGGGGACUGUUUUCAGGCUCUUAUUCUGUAGAAUUCACAGUUAGUUCGUCUCAGAUCAAUCAGUCCACGUUGACCUUAAUAAUCUGUUCUGGAAGUUUUCUAGCAUUUGUAUAUAAAUAAUUCAAGUUAAGUUAGAAUUGCAAGAUAACUCUGCAUGUGUAAGAAUCAGAAUCAUUUCAUUAAAAUUAACGAGUAAUAGCUAGGUCAGUGUGCGAUUUCUUAUCUUAGGAGGAACUAUUGUUCUCUUCAAGUAGCAUGACUGUUUAUCUGAAAUACUCUAAACUUUCUUUUACCCACAAACUUUCUCACAGUCUCUGUAGAGUUGAGUCAACAAUCAAGCUUUAUUUCUUAUUUUUGUCCUUAUUGGGAACUUCUGGGACAAAAACUCAGUUUAACGCAAGGUUUCCCAUCCAUUAUUACAGAAAGCAUGGCAUUUUACAUUUGGAAUAGUCUAAUCAAAAUCUGGAUCAUAUUAAAAUGUUGUGACUGAAGUAAGCUGUCCUGGCAAGGAAGUCCUUAAAUAACACCAAACUGAACUAGGUAGAUAUUGAUUAAUAGAUCAAAAUUCUUCAAAACUAGAGGUGUGAUAUUCACCACCAGUUUCAAGAAACACAUGGUUAAGGUCAUAUAGACAGGUGCUGUUGCUAAUAUAGGUGCUGCCCCUAUUGCUAUAGCAAACAUUUAGAAGCAGUUAGAGAUUACCUAGUGUUCUUCUCGAUACCCAGAGUACUCCACCUCUUGAAAUGAACACUUCUACAUUAUCAAUGUGUAUUCCAUCCAGCAUGGAAAGUAGUGAUUGGCUGAGAUUGCUGGUGGUUCGUUGACUCAGCGCAUAAUUGGACAUAAGUGACACUGAUAAUGCAAAUAUAUUCAUUUCAUAUUAUCAAUGCCGCUGAAGAGGGGCUACUCUCUGGGUGCUGCAGAGAGAUCUCUUGUUUUGUUGUUUUUUUUUAAAUUAUUCCACCCCUGAAUUUUUUUUACGUAAAACGAGGGUACAGCACUCAGAGACUCUAGGCAACAUUACCACUACACUGAGCUGUAGCAUCACAUAUUUGUUCCAUACUUUUGUAUUUAAUGUUUAGUCAGCUGUUGAUAAGAAAUACUGAGGAUUAGGUUUGUGUGUCAUUUAUUUAACAAGACUAAUUUCAUUUUUAAAGGAUUAUCAUUUUUAUUAUAAUAAAACUGGAGAUGCAAAAUGUGUCACGGGUUUAAGGGGUCACAGAAUUUCUUACAAUAUUGUUAUGGGAGCAAUUGUAAUUGAUACAAGCAAUUUCUGUGAUUGAUCCUGUAGUCUAAUAGGAUUGUAUUCUACUGAGACCUUUCUAAGUUGUAAUAAUUUUGUCUAAAUUGUGUCUUAACCUAAGUAAUAGGUGGGGUUGUGAAAUAUCUCAUCUUUUAGAAUUACAAUCAGUAAAUAAAAGAGGUAUAAGCAGAAAGCAAGGAGAACAAAGGAUGCAAAAUAAGUGCAAGUACAAUGACUGUCACCUAUCAGUAAAGUCUGAGGAAUUUAAGGUAGCUGUAUCAUUUUGGGGGUCGUAAAUAUUUAGCAAAGACCCGUUUGGUGGCAUCUCCACUUGGUGUGAAGCAGCUGAGAGGUGCAGUUGAAGGUAGCAAUACCUACCUGAAGCUCUCUUUCCAUGGUGCCUCCCUCUUUUUUAUUCUUCAUCUCCUUAGACUUCAUACCCCAGGAUCCCAAGCACUUCCUUAUUUCCUUCCAUGCGCUUGUAUGAGAGUACAGCACAGAAGUAAUUGGCGGAUCCCACAGGCUCCUCCAUAGACCAACUCACGAGACAUACGAGGAGACAUAAGUUGACAGCGGAAUUUCUGCCUUUUGACAAAUGGUUUCAUCUUCAUGCUUGACCUUCAGAUAAAGUAGCCCAAUUAUUAUUAUUAUUAUUAUUAUUUUAUUAUUUAUAUAAUGCCAUCAGAUUCCGUAGCGGUGUACAAUGGGUGAACUAACAAACAUGUAAUUGUAACCAGACAACUGGACGUACAGGAACAGAGAAAUGGAGGGCCCUGCUCAAUAAUUUCAAAGAAAUCCCAGCACUGUCAAUAUGAGUAUUUCCUAAAGAUUAUAUCUUGAAAUAAUCAUAAUUGGUAUUAUGGUUACAGAAACGCUUAAAAAAUCAUCUAACCACUCCCACAAUAACUGCAAUUCUUAUUGUAUUACACUAUUAUAUGCUGCAAAGUGUGAGCUUAUCUACUUGUAGACUUGUAGAAUUUAAGUUAUUUUAUUUAUUUUAUUUGACUUGCUGUUUCUGAAAACCUUAGGUUUGUAUACUUGCGUUAUAGAGUAAGCUCCCAGGCGGUUGCAUGGUGAAAUACAUAUGGUGCAAAAUAACCACACAAAAAAAGUAAUUUGCACAGGAAAUCUGGACAGAUGGUUAUCUUCUUAGCAAAUGGUAAUGGAAUGAUCCCUGCUGUGAUGUAAACUACAAGCCAGCCAGAGACAUACCACUCCUCUUAGAUCAAAGCAAGCUCAGAAUGCAAGUGUGGAAAUUGCAACAGGAUCAAACUGACCCAAUCAAGGGACAUAUGGUCAAGUAAAAGUCAGCUUUGAUUCCCAGGACAACAGCGCCAUACGCAUUUGCUCAUUUGAUUACUAUCAAACAUCUGUAAUAAAUAUACCUUAUGUCAGGACAUAUUUCACUUGGGCUGUCUUUACAGUGUGUCAAGAAACGUUUAGGGACAUCAUAACUUGGAAAGCACAUCCUUUGUUUCUGAAACAUUUUCAUACAGUGACUUUUUUAUGUCCUUUUCUCUCAAUUUCAAAAAAAAAAAUUAAACCGUUUAAGAAAGGCAUACAAGGACAGCACGCUAAUAGCACGUGCCUCUUGUAUGUGCAUAAAGACAAUAUCGAAUGCACUCCAAAUGGGAUGUGUUUAUUGUUAAAAAAAUAGUGCCAAAAAAUAGAAAUUUGAAGUUUCUGUAUUUUCUGAAAAAAUAACAAAACUUUGCAACUUCAACAGUUCUUACCAAAUCAAUAUUUGGUGCAGCCAAUAAGAAUACUCCCAUUAUUGUCAAUAGCAGUCAAGCAUAGACACUAGACCCGUACUUAUCAUUGGCUUAUAGGGUGUGUAGUUCAGUACUUGGAAGCAAUUAUAUCCAGUCAGCGCCAUAGUUACGCUCCAUUGCAAUGGAGGUGGAUACAAGUACUUGUACUGGCAGAGGAGAGGGCAUAAGAUUUCUCUCGUGUGACAUCAAUCACUGAGAAAUUGGGAAUAGUUUGAACAAGAUUUACAAAAUGCUGCAGUUAUAAACAAAUUUGUGAGACAGCGGCAGGGGACAUUCUUGUGCAUGCAACAAGUGUGGCAGAUAAUGUUUCUAAAAUCACAAUGUGGAGGUUGUUUUCACAUAUGGGUUUCUGCAAUUUUGAGUACAUUAUAAUUCAAAAGAAUAACGAGGGAUCUUGCAAUGAUUUCAUUAUUUACUUAAAUAAUCAGCCUGGGCAAAAAGUUAUUUUCAUAUUUCUCGGAAAACAUAAAAAUGUAUAACAGGUGAUUGGUAUGUUCAUAAUUUUCUCUAUAGGUUUUAAACCAUUUUGGGUUUUAAAUACGUUUUGGGUUCCACAGAUAGAAGUUAUUUGUGGCAGGUUCACUCAGUGAUACUGUAGGAUUAUUUUUAAAAAUGUUGAUUUAAAAAGUCUAUGUCAUUACAUUAGUGCAUAAUAUCUGGACAACAGUGAUACCAUUAUAGCUCUGUUAAAAAUUAUUAUUGGUAUUAUUGGUAUUUAUAUAGCACCAACUUAUUCUGUAGCGCUUUACAGUAUUAUAAAAGGGGGAAAUUUUACAAUAAAUUAGACAAAAAGGUUACAGAAGCAAUUGGUUGAUGAGGACCCUGCUCAAAAGAGCUCACAGUCUACAGGUUUUGUUUGCUCUUUGGUUACAAUGCUGUACCCAGUGCUUUAAUGUAGCUGAGAACCCUUUCAGUACUAGGUUUAAAGGACCACUAUAGUGCCAGGAAAACAUACUCGUAUAUAGUGGCUCUGGGGAGAGGAAAGGGGUAAAAACUUACCUUUUUCCAGCGCUGGGCGGGGAGCUCUCCUCCUCCGAUCCUCCUCCGUUCCGCCCCGUCGGCUGAAUGCGCACGCUCAGCAAGAGCUGCGUGCGCAUUCAGCCGGUCGCAUAGCAAAGCAUUCCCAAUGCUUUCCUAUGGACGCCAGCGUACUCUCACUGUGAAAAUCACAGUGAGAAGCACGCAAGCGCCUCUAGCGGCGGUCAAUGAGUCAGCCGUUAGAGGCUUUGGGGGAAGGCUUAACCCAUUGAUAAACAUAGCAGUUUCUCUGAAACUGCUAUGUUUAUGAAAAAAUGGGUUAACCCUAGCUGGACCUGGCACCCAGACCACUUCAUUAAGCUGAAGUGGUCUGGGUGCCUAGAGUGGUCCUUUAAGGCUGGUUACGGUUAUAGGAGUUUAUGGGUAAAAGCUAGAGGGUUUUUAGGGGUAGGGCAGACUUAACAAAGGUACAGAGAACUCCACUACAGCUCAUCAGCUAAUUGUAGUUCUUAUGGUUCAAGGUAUUUUUAGGUACACUCAUCCUGUUUUCUGUUGAAUGUUUUUUGAGUGAUUAACAAAACCAGGACUUAACAGCCCAGUGAUUUGAAUAACCAGGGUUCUCCCAGUGCUUGCAGUCUCUCAUUGUCUUCCAAGGUUAGAGAACUAUGGAUGGAUUAAAUGGAAAGGAAACUUUUUUUGUGUGACUGGUGGCGCAGUAGGAGAGAGGUCAGACUUUAAGUGUCAGGAAAGAUUUUUGACAAACUUUAAAAGUGGUUUAACAAAAAUCAGAUGGACUGCACCCAAAGACUCCUUGCACGAUAACCACUACAAUAAGCUGUAGUGCUUAUGGUACUUAUGGUGCCUCAUUAUGAUUAGGCUUAACCUUGCUGAGAACCAUGGGACUUACGGUCCAUAGCAUCUUGGAGAGAGAUGCCCCUAAACCCAAACACUAAGUCUGCCGUACCCUGAUGCUUAAAGCCCCCUAGUCCUUCCUACACCCACACUUAACCCUAUUCCCCCCCUAACCUGAACCUCAGUCUAGUAGUGACAGAGCUAAUGCGUUUCUCUGGUAUUUCAGCGAUGCUAUAAUGUUCUUGCUUUUUAGCUUUUUUUUAUAUUUUAACUAUGUUUCAAUAUGUUUACACUGCUCUAAUAUGCAUUUUUCAGGUCGUACCCACUUAAUCCAAAAUCAGAAAUGUCUCAAACUGGUGACUGCUUGUGUUUGGGUGCUGUGUGUACUGUGUAUAAUUAUGCAUAAUACAUAGAGUUAUGAGAAAAUCCUUGUGUAUUGUCUGUAAAUUUAAGUAAUUCUUGGUCAUAUUUGUCACAGCUCCCGUCUGCCACUGUCAAUAUACAACCAUAUGGGAUAAUAUCCUGCGUUCGUAGCUCCUACUGUCUUUUCUGCUGUGUAACCAAGUGCUCAUUCCUUAGUCUUGCACCCUUUUCUAUCUCUUUCACUGUGUAACUGUGUACCCUUCACUCACAGCUUCCUUCUAUAUCUUCUACUGCAUGUGAUUGCUCUCAUGUCCAGCUCUUGUAGCUCCCUUCUGUGUGUGUCUCUAGGGCUGAUAUCUGUUAUCACAGCUCAUUGCUGCUUCUGUUACAAUGUCUCCUUAAGGGUUCAUACCAGGCUGCUGCAGCUUCCUUCUGUCACUGUGUCUUUCUGUGUUGUCAUACCUGGCUACCACAACUCUUUACUGUCCUUGUCACUGUGUCACUCGGCACGUUUCAUAUUUUAUUAUAGCUUUCAGUCAUGGCAACCUUCCGCUGCUCAUCUUUACUCCUUUUUAUUUCUGUCACUUGUUACCCUGCAUACCAUUCUGUACUAGUUUAAUUAUGUGUCUGUCACUGCUUCAUUCAUCAGGCUCAUAUAUGAAGGCCACAACUCUCUUUUGAUCCCUAAUUUGUUUCUUUUGUGAUAGUUAAAUGUUGAAGACACAGGUGAGAUGUUGCCCAAGUCUCGACGAGCACUCACCAUCCAUGAGAUCACGGCCCUUGCUCGCUCCUCUCUGCACGGUGAGGCCAUUGCUUUCGCACACAUGCUUUGAUGUACAAGAAUUGUAGAAGCUUAUAUCUUUACAGCCGAUAGACACACAUACAGCACAAUAUAGACCUGCAUUCUAGCAACAGACAGAUGUGAGAAGAAACUGUCUGACAAUGAAAGGGUACCAGCAGGGCUUCAAAACUAGAUUUCUGGCCAGCAAAUUAGUUAACAAAAUAGGAAAGAGCUGUAUUGGUGCUUUAUUUAUAGAAUACUUGUGUAAUGGUAAUGAUGCAUUAACUGCACAUUCUGAAGACAACACUCAAUAUUUUACGUUGAACAAACCACUUCAUGCUGAACUGAUUGGUGUGAAAUUCCAUUUUGUGAUGGUAUUGUUAAUUGACGAUGCUUGGAUAGAUUUUAGAGGGUGUGUGGAAACACUGAGCAAGGCCUGGGAAUGGAUUGAGAAAUCAGGUUUCUCGUUAAAGGGGUUUCAUGUCUUCUAAAUUAAUAUAUGUUGAUUAUCAGGUUACACCCCUGUCUCCAUUAAAAUUAUCCAAAUUGCUGACCGGCCCUCUACCUUUUGUAAUACCAGCUCUGAAUCAUGUGUACCUGGCCCUGAUUGUUUUAAAAACCAUGACUCAAGAAUAAUGUUCCUGGCAUCGCACCCCAUACAGUCUGAAUCUUAAGUGGCCAUAUAUGUUUCUAUAAUUUAUAUGAAAGAAGCGAAAAGAUCUGGCGCUCACAAAUUCCCAAAACAGCUAUUUUUUGUUCGGAACCAACCAGCAGCAUUUCAGUAAGUUAAUUUCUCGAACCUUGAGGCUCAUGCUUGAGAAAAGCCUCAUUGGGACUCAAACAUUGCCGGGGGGUUCUCAUUAAAAUAAUUGCUGUUUUGGGAUUUCGUGAGUGCCAGAUCUUUUUUGCUUCUUCCAUAUCUAUUUUAGGAAUGCGGCCCUGAACCCGAGUGCACCGCGAUUGCCAUCUCACUGCCCAAUUGGUUAAUUUCUUCUCUUUUGUAUUCUAUUAUAUCAUUUAUACAAACCUGCACAUGUAUCAAAGCUAUUAUCCGUUAACAGUCCAGCAAAACAUAUAUGUAAAAAAACUAUUAUAGAGGUUUGUUUUGAUAAAUCUAAUAAUAUCAGCAACACGCGAGCUGCAUUACACAUAAACACAUGCCAAAGGGACUGGGCAGUUCAACCCAAAUAAUGACAUAUAGACAGCACAUGUGAGUGAUGGCUCCAAUCUUGUUUCCCUUACUUGUUUCUCUUGCUCCCAGGAAUAUCCCAGGUGGUGAAGGACCAUGUAACCAAGCCAACAGCAAUGGCUCAAGGUCGUGUGGCACACCUGAUUGAGUGGAAGGGUUGGAGUAAACCCAGCGAUUCUCCGGCUGCUCUGGAAACUCACUUCAACUCAUACUCACAUCUGAGUGAGGGCGAGCAGGAGGCAAGGUUUGCAGCAGGUGAGGUAAAGGUGACCAAAACAGAAAACAAAUGCAAACAUGCAGUGGCGUACUAAGGCGGGGGGGGAGGGGGAGCGGAGAGGGCGGUCCACCCCGGUUGCCACUCACUAGGCUAGUGCCAGGGGUGAAUUUUCAUGCCGCUUGCAGGAGUCCCAACAUCCAGCAGCAGCAUGUCCUCUGUUCUCGCGAUCCGCGAGAGCGUUGCCAUGCAUUGCUAUGGCAAUCCGCGGCAAGGCUCUCUCGAAUCGUGAGAACAGAGGACAUACUGCUGCUGGAUGUGGAGACUCCUGGGCCCCUCUUCACUGGAAAACCAUACUGUCACCGGACAACCAGGGAAUGUUGUGUGUCACCGUCCCCCCUUCCUGGAAAUAAGAGUCCAGGAGUAGGGGGGUGACACACACAAACAAUACACACUGCUCACUAUACACACUAUACACACCCCCACAUACACAAUUUACACACACACACUGCAUACACACUAUACACACACACACUGCACACACGACACACACACAGCAUACACAGCAUACACACUAUACACACACUGCAUACAGUACACAAACACACACUGCAUACAAUAAACACACACACACUUAUAACUGUGUGCCUGUUUAUCUGUAUGUGUAUCUGUAUCUGUAUGUGUAUCUGUGUGUCUGUGUUUGUAUCUGUGUGCCAGUGUAUCUGUAUGUGUGUCUGUGCCUAUGUGUCUCUAUACAUGUGUGUCAGUGUGUGUCUGUAAGAGUGUGUGUUUAUAUCUAUAUUUGUGUUUGUAUCUGUGUGUCUCUAUCUGUAUGUGUGUCAGUGUUUGUCUGUAUCUGUGCAUGCCUGUGUUUCUAUGUAUCUGCAUGUGUAUACCUAUUUUUUCUAUGUAUCUGUAUGUGCCAAUGUGUGCAUCUGUGUGUCUAUGUAUCUGCAUGUGUGCCAGUGUGUGUAUAUUUGAAUAUAUGUGUAUAUGUGCAUACAUCUCAGCAUUUCGCCAACACUACACACAAAUACACCCCUGCAUCAAAAUAUCAACACUACAUAAAAACGCACCACAUAUUCAAAAAACACACUAAACAAAAAUGCACGCCUGCAUUCACAUGCCAACACUGCAUGCAAACACACCCCUACAUUCACUCAGACAUACUUCAUACAUAAACAUGCUUACAUUCAAACACACAAACACUACUCAGUGCUAAAUACAUUAAAAAAAUAUGCAAACACUGCUCAAUGCUAAAUAAUUUUUUUUUUAAAUGUGUGGGUGUUUUUUACAUUUUCAAAUUGGGGGAUGGGGCCGGGGGUAUGCCAAACAGAGGCGGAUCUCUAAUUAGGCGGUUUAGGCGGCCGCCUAAUGCCUCGCGCUGGCUGGGGCCUCGCGGCUGCCUAAACCGCCUGUGGGCAGUCUGUGUCAGGUCCUCGGUCACUGACCGAGGACCUGACACCAGGAGGGGGCCCGGCGGCUUGCCCGGUAUGCCGCCGGGUGCGAGGCCCUUCCUGGCUGCCCGGCCAGCUACCGCAGACACCGGUCUGCAGCUCCGCAGUGAGCAGAGCUGCAGACCAUGUGUCUCGCGAAAACUGGCCAAUCAGAGUAACCCACAGCAACGCUCUGAUGGUCUCGCGAGAUUACAUGGUCUGCAGCUCUGUGGAGCUGCAGACCGGAAGCAAUGGCCACCAGACCACCAGGGAGCCCACUGGACGACCAGGGAAAUUAAGGUAGGUUCUCGCUCAAGCUCUCGCUUCAAGCAGCUACUCCAUACACAUACGGUCUCAGACAAAAAUGCAAACAUGCUCACAGAGACAUACAUUCACACACACAAGGAUACUCUCCAUCAGACACACUCUCAGGCACAUACACAGGUAGACAGUGCCUCAAUGUGUAUAUGUGACACUUUUUUGAUAGUGGGGCCUCAUGUUUGAGUUUCGCCUAAGGCCUCAUAAAGUCUAGAGCCGCCUCUGAUGCCAAAUAUAAGAUCCGCCCCAGGUGCCAAAUGCUCCUGGUACGCCCCUGCAAACAUGACAGCGACUCAUUCCAUUGCAUCUACCAGAAGAUCUACAUUAUUUCUACAGGUUUUGUUCUAUCACACAAUGCUGCUGCUGAUUCCCCUUCUGUCUGUUAAACUUAUUGUAACUAAUAUAACUGUGCUUAUGUGUUUCUACUGUAUGCUGUUCUUAGAGUCAUACUCUCAAUGCCAGUCCUGGUUACUCCAUUCACCUUUGCUUACUAGUUCUCUAUUUGCCAAUCCUUUUUUUCUUGGUUUUCUUGGCUGUUGCCAUCUCUUUAGCUGCUCUUUGUUCGCAGUUUUUUCUUAACACUUCCUUUCUGACAUUUUGAUGAUAAAUGUAUUGUCCAUGACAUUUUCACCCCCACUCUUUUAGAAUUUAUUGUUUGCGUUGUCUGCUAAGCUGGGAAUUGUGAAGAACUGAAUGACACAUUUUAGAGACAUGCAGCCGAGAUGUUAUAUUACUGGGCUGGAGAUUUCUUUUUCAGUUCAAGUAUUCAUUACUAAAAGUAGCAAUUCCUUUGUUAGUUCUCUGUAAUUAAAUGUUUCAUAAAUAACUCUCCAAAGGAAACCAAAACUCUCUCACUCGGAACAGAAUCAAAGUGGGGAAAAACAAACAUAUAAGUGGAGAGAAGGAACCAAAAUUUGUUACACAGUUAAGACCAAAUUUGUGCUUAGUGAGAAAUGUGAAAUAUUUGGUUGAGUUAUCUUUGUUGGAAAUUGUAUUGUAGAAUUUUUUUCUCAUAUGGGCCAUUUUGGACUAAUAGUGGAAUGUUCUGAUCAAUUACCAACAUUUCCCAAUUCAGUAACUACUGCAUACCCUUACCUGUCUAUUGUGUAUAUCUCGAAUAUGUCUUAGUUCUCUCUGUCUGUCUAUGGCUUUUUUUCAUUCCUCUUAUUGUUUUGCAUGUCCCUUAUCUGUACUAUUCAGUGUCCUACUUUUGUAUUUGGUCUAUGGUCAGUAUUUCCAUAUUUAAGUUUUCUGUUGUUUCCAGGCCUUGAGUUUCUUACAUAUUUCCUAUCAUUCCAUAUGAUUGCAAAGUUUACGUAUAGUCCCUUGUCUGUAUGUGUUUGGAAGGAACAGAGAGAUCAAUAGUUCACUCCUCGGUCUCUGCUCCUCUGCUAUUUUGUGCCGCUACCUGGCUGAGCUGUCACAGCCUGGGCUGAGCAGUUUGUCUUGCUCUGCCAUAGCGCUUCCCUAUUGGGUGGGAGCCAGGGAACUUUGCCUUGCGCUGUUUUUGUGUGGGCAGUGGCCCUAUAUAAGAGGCAGUCUGUGAGAUAAAUAGGACACUCAGUUUUUCCUUCUCCUCCCCUUUUUCUUCUUACUACUUGGGUAGUUUUUGAUGGGUUAACCCCUUCCUGAGUGUAUUCCCUAAGCUUCCAUCUCCUCAUUUUUGUUCUUCUAAAUCUCACAGACCGCCCAAAAAAUAAAAAUAAAGUUUAUGCAGCUUGCCUCUUUCCCACACUUUAUGCAAAUUAACUUUAAUUACGUUGUGGUCUUUAUUUGGAAUGUUCAUUUGCCUGCCUAGAUAAAUGGGGGGUAAAAAUUAUAGAUGGUGUUAUACUGGCUAUUAAAAAUCCACAAUGCUGUGUUUUCCUCUGGGUGUUAAAUGCCAGGGAUAUGUUACAAGUUAUAUGAUUAGUUAUACAGUUGUGUUGUAAAUAAUUUUUUUAAAAUUAAAAAUGUUUUUAAAUUCCUUACAGUAAAACCUAUGGCCUUUCUCCAAACAUUUGUUUCCGUGUUUCUGUAUUUUAUUAAUACUGGUUUAAGUUUCCUUUCCAUAACACAUAACAAUCCAUACCGUGCUUAUUUCUGUCCUUUAUUCGGUUUCUGGUCUCUGCUAUACUUUUCUUGAACUCUUGACAAGUUCACGUAACAACUGCCUUUCGUUCUAACACAUUGUUUCAGGUGUAGCUGAGCAGUUUGCUAUUGCAGAAGCAAAGCUCCGUGCCUGGUCUUCAGUUGAGGGUGACGAUUCGACAGAUGAUUCGUAUGAUGAAGAUAUGUUGCCACCAAUGGAUCCAUCCCAGCCUACAGGUAAAUGUGGGACAUAUAUGUGACAUGCAAGUAGAUCUCCUGAGGAAGGAGAGCAAGAUAUUAAACUGGGCUAGGCAAGUUUCCAACAACGUCAGGAAGCUUUGCAUGCUAAAAGAGGCCUUGGAAUGGGAAGCUGGUUCUAUGGACCUGAAGGAGGAAAAACACCCUUUAGACAAGGACAUUGAAUGCUGGGUAUAAAGUAAAAAUAAGAUCAAUUGGUUAGGUCGAAUAGAUUUGGGAUGGAAAAUAAAUGGUCAUUGGAAAGUAAGUAAACUGGAAAGAAGGAAGCUUAAAGGAUCACUAUAGGGUCAGGAACACAAACAUGUACAGGGAGUGCAGAAUUAUUAGGCAAAUGAGUAUUUUGACCACAUCAUCCUCUUUAUGCAUGUUGUCUUACUCCAAGCUGUAUAGGCUCGAAAGCCUACUACCAAUUAAGCAUAUUAGGUGAUGUGCAUCUCUGUAAUGAGAAGGGGUGUGGUCUAAUGACAUCAACACCCUAUAUCAGGUGUGCAUAAUUAUUAGGCAACUUCCUUUCCUUUGGCAAAAUGGGUCAAAAGAAGGACUUGACAGGCUCAGAAAAGUCAAAAAUAGUGAGAUAUCUUGCAGAGGGAUGCAGCACUCUUAAAAUUGCAAAGCUUCUGAAGCGUGAUCAUCGAACAAUCAAGCGUUUCAUUCAAAAUAGUCAACAGGGUCGCAAGAAGCGUGUGGAAAAACCAAGGCGCAAAAUAACUGCCCAUGAACUGAGAAAAGUCAAGCGUGCAGCUGCCACAAUGCCACUUGCCACCAGUUUGGCCAUAUUUCAGAGCUGAAACAUCACUGGAGUGCCCAAAAGCACAAGGUGUGCAAUACUCAGAGACAUGGCCAAGGUAAGAAAGGCUGAAAGACUACCACCACUGAACAAGACACACAAGCUGAAACGUCAAGACUGGGCCAAGAAAUAUCUCAAGACUGAUUUUUCUAAGGUUUUAUGGACUGAUGAAAUGAGAGUGAGUCUUGAUGGGCCAGAUGGAUGGGCCCGUGGCUGGAUUGGUAAAGGGCAGAGAGCUCCAGUCCGACUCAGACGCCAGCAAGGUGGAGGUGGAGUACUGGUUUGGGCUGGUAUCAUCAAAGAUGAGCUUGUGGGGCCUUUUCGGGUUGAGGAUGGAGUCAAGCUCAACUCCCAGUCCUACUGCCAGUUCCUGGAAGACACCUUCUUCAAGCAGUGGUACAGGAAGAAGUCUGCAUCCUUCAAGAAAAACAUGAUUUUCAUGCAGGACAAUGCUCCAUCACACGCGUCCAAGUACUCCACAGCGUGGCUGGCAAGAAAGGGUAUAAAAGAAGAAAAUCUAAUGACAUGGCCUCCUUGUUCACCUGAUCUGAACCCCAUUGAGAACCUGUGGUCCAUCAUCAAAUGUGAGAUUUACAAGGAGGGAAAACAGUACACCUCUCUGAACAGUGUAUGGGAGGCUGUGGUUGCUGCUGCACGCAAUGUUGAUGGUGAACAGAUCAAAACACUGACAGAAUCCAUGGAUGGCAGGCUUUUGAGUGUCCUUGCAAAGAAAGGUGGCUAUAUUGGUCACUGAUUUGUUUUUGUUUUGUUUUUGAAUGUCAGAAAUUUAUAUUUGUGAAUGUUGAGAUGUUAUAUUGGUUUCACUGGUAAUAAUAAAUAAUUAAAAUGGGUAUAUAUUUGUUUUUUGAUAAGUUGCCUAAUAAUUAUGCACAGUAAUAGUCACCUGCACACACAGAUAUCCCCCUAACAUAGCUAUAACUAAAAACAAACUAAAAACUACUUCCAAAAAUAUUCAGCUUUGAUAUUAAUGAGUUUUUUGGGUUCAUUGAGAACAUGGUUGUUGUUCAAUAAUAAAAUUUAUCCUCAAAAAUACAACUUGCCUAAUAAUUCUGCACUCCCUGUAUUUCUGACCCUAUAGUGUUAAAACCGCCAUCUAGCCCCCCUGGGCCCCUCAUGCCUCCAUAAAUGUAGCAACAUCUUACUGUAUUCAAUCUAGAAGCUGUAUGUGCAUGCUGUUUGCCUCAGAAAAUCAAGAAGGCUGCUGACAUAAUCAGAAGUGGUAGCCUGAUCCAAUCACAAUGCUUCUCCAUAGGAUUGGCUGAGACUGACAAAGAGGCAGAUCAGGGGCAGAGCCAGCAUGAUUCAAACACAGCCCUGGCCAAUCAGCAUCUCCUCAUAGAGAUGCAUUGAAUCAAUGAAUCUCUUUGAUGAAAGUUCAGUGUAAGCAUGCAGAGGGUGCAGACACUGAAUGUUUGGAUGCAUUUUAGGCAGCCAUGACACAGGAAGGAUCUCUAGCAGCAUUCUGAAGAGUGGCCAGUGAAGUUAUCACUAGGCUGUAAUGUAAACACUGCAUUUUCUCUGAAAAGACAGUGUUUACAGCAAAAAGACUGAAGGUAAUGAUUCUACUCACCAGAACAAAUUCAAGAAGCUGUAGUUGUUCUGGUGACUAUAGUGUCCCUUUAAUAAAUGUCUGGAACCUUUGCACAAUAAAAGGGACUGUGACAGGGAGAUGUAGCUGAAUCUCUGAUGCUUCAGAGGAGAGUAGGGAAAUAGAAGGAGACUAGGGUGAACAAAGAAAGUUAUGGAGGGAAAGGAGGAGGAGAGGGAAAAAUAUUUUAUAGAUUAUAGAAGGUAAGACGGGUUACAAGUAAGGGUGGUUGGAAGAAGCUAAGGUAUUUCAAGAAUGAGGAGCAAGACAAUGUAAAGAGUAACAAUUGAGAUCUAGUCCCUGGUUUGGAACCUUGUGAUGUUUACAGCUGUGAUUCUCAGUAUUGUUAUCGAUUGUCAUUAUUAUUUACCAUGAAUACUCACCUACACUUUAACACCAAAUGUUUUUAUUUUUCACAUUAAGUAUUUAUAGAGAAUAUUGUUAUUAAGCCUAAGUAUCAUUUCAAUGUAUUUUUAAUUUGGCUCAGACGCCCCAUGGAGUACAAAUAGCAAGUUCGUGAAACCUUAUUGAUUGCUAAUUCUAAGACUAACUAUGGUUGCUGGUUGCUAUGGUUACAUAUUCUUCCAAAUCAGCCUUUUGGUUGAAAUUUUGCUAAUUUUGUGGUUUAUUCACUAAACUUACAUUUUAGCAGAUUGUGCUGAUAUUCCAAUGGUGAACUGCCUCCAUAUUAAAACAGCUCAGAGCAUGUUCAGAAUUAGGCUUGUUUUCACUUUCGUAAACACUCUGAUCGAUGGCUAUCUAUUACCUAGCAUCCAUAGAAAAUUCAUUAUGUGAGGCUCAAAAUUCCCAUUCACACACUAGCAAUUGGCAAAUGAAAAUUCAGCUAUAUCAAGUGUGCAAUGGGCCCUCCAGGUAAGCAGUGACAAUCAACUUUCAGGACUAUCUAAUUGUGUAGGACUUGAAAUGGAAAUUAACUAAAUGUAUAUAUUGUAAUGGUACCUAGGACCCAUAUGAAAACUAGAGCAAAGGUUGAUUGGAAAUCCCCAUGCCCCGUAUUUUGGUUUCAGGGGUUAAUAACAUCCAGGAACAAUGCAGUUCCAUUGCCUUAUUGCCUGUGAUAUUUAAAGAUUAGAAAGAACCACUGGACUGUGGUCCUAAACAAGACGGGGGCACAAACCCGAGCCUCCUUCUGGGCUUCAUCCAGUAUAGAUCUUAACUUUUUAAUCUAUAUUUUUUUUAAAGGUUUACACCAGUAGCACUGCUAAACACCACGUGUCUUGGUGUCAAAAUGUUUCUGAUACUAAAAGCAGAUAUAUUGAAGCAAACCCAUCAAGUUCUGAAUCUUUUCACAUGAUCCCUGUUACCAACAUUAGGGUUGGGAUUUCUCUUGUGUUUCAAACUUACAGUACUUUUUUCAGAUAUGAAAGAUCCACUACUAGCUAAAAUAUCUGUACUGUUCUCAUGGAAGUAUACAAGUCCUCUUUACUUUAGCAUGCUACAGUUUUAAAGAGGUUACUAGACACACAGCUGCUCUUUAGAAUGUCACGCCUUGAAAAGAUAAUUCCAUACAUGCAGCCUUUCUACAGCGCUGGAAUGGUUGCUACAUGCACUCAGCCUUCUUUCAGUGCUAGAAUGGGUACUGCACACACACAGCUGGGCUUCCAAAUGAAAAUAUCACCAUUGUUAUUCAUUAUCAAUAUCACCAAUGUUAUUCUUUGUUUUAUCGUCAAAUUCAAAGGUUACAUAUUACAUGUAUCAAACUAAAUAUUAGCUUUGAGUUUAAUAAGUUCAGUAACGUAUGAUGAAUCUAUAAUUGCAGUAAAGCUAUGUUUAUAGGGAUUGUAGUGUGUGUGUAUAGGGGUUGUAGCAAAUGUGUAUAUAUUUUAGUGGAUGUAGUCAGGACUGUGGUGUUUUUUAGGGAAUGUAGUGUAUGUAUGUAGAGAAUGUAGUGUUUGUGUGUGCAGGGGAUGUAAUGUGUUUGUUUAGAGAAUACAGUGUGUGUAUGUGUAUUUAGGGAAUAUAGUAUAUGUGUGUGUAUAUAGAAUCCAGUGUGUUAAGGGAAUGCAGCAUGUGUUCGUGCGUAUAGUGGAUGAUGUGUGUAUAAUGUGUAUGUGAAAUAGUGGGAUGGGAUAGAUUAUUAUUGUGUGGGUGUGAUAGAUGAGCAAUUAAAUAUUUUGUUGUUAUUAUUUUUUUUAAUUUAAAUGUAUUUUAAUUUAAGUUUAUUCCCCCACCCUACUUCUUUGGCCAGGAAAGGGGGACAUGACAAUCCAUGAUGGUCUGGUGGUGAAGGACUCUAGCUUGUACCACUACCUGGUGCAGACUAAGUAUGCUUUUCUUGCGAGUUCUGGCACUGUGUAGCAUCAUGGUGUUGCCAUGGUAUUGUCAAAGCAUGUAGGAAGGAUAAUCUGUCUGCACCUGGUGGAGGUGCAUAGUAGAGUCUCCUUGGCCGCCCUUCUGCAACAGAAGGGAGCAUUGGGCUGGUGAGGGAGAUCUUUGAUCUCUGUAUAUAUGUGUAUAUAUAUUUAUAUAUAUUAAAGGGGAAAAAAAACCUGCAUUCUAUAUUAUGUAAAAAAAAUGUAUGUGUGUGUAUAAUGUGAAAGCAUAUAUAUGUAAGCUCAUUUGAACAGGGCCCUCAACACCUUCUGUUCCUAUGCGCUCAACUCGUCAUGUUGCAAAUACUUUUCUGUUAACCUAUUGUAAAGCACUGUGUAAUUGCACUUUAUAAAUAAAAAUAAAAAUGUACAUAUGUAUGUUUGUCAAUGCACAUGUGUAUACUUAAGCUUUUCAUGCAGAGCUUUCUUCUUCACAAUGUUUGUGUUUUUUUUUAUGUAGACUUCUUAAAAUUGACCACUCUGAUCCCUGAUGAGUGUAUGACUUAAUGCCGUUGUCUACCAUAUUGCAGAUUUUCUGGGCCCUGUGCAGAAGGAUUCAGUAUCGUCACGUGUGUGCUGUUGUGACAGUGACUCCUCACACACCUUGUCCCCUGAGACUCUGUGUUCCAGCCUAUGCAGCUUGGAUGAGGAGCCACUUCUCUUGGCAUCUCCUACUCAGGUGACUGAGGAGUCAUUGCUGACCAAGCCCCAGCAAGUUCAUGGUCCCUAUGAUCGUCUCCAUGAUAUGGAAUGCGAGGACUCUUCAUAUUCAAUGUCCUUCUCUGAGUCCUGUCUAAGUCCCAGUGAGGACGAGCUGAUAACCUUCCCUGCUGUGGGUCGGGGAUCCGGGGGCCUCAGUUUGUGCAGAAAGGGCUCAGACGUAGUGUCUUCAGGUGUGGUGUCUUUGGAUGAAGAUGAAGAAGAUCAACCCUGA